UUAACAGAUUUCAGAUAGAAGCUUUCUCGACGUCGAAGCGCCUUUUGGGUUCAUCAAUUCACCACGACACAACCCCACCAAAAGACUCCCGAUCCUUCCUGUCGUCCACAUUGAAAAUCUCCUACAUAGAAGCUGAAGUCGAUACUUGCAUGUUGUUGCACUGACUAAUAUUUUUAUUUUUGAAGCAGUUGUUGCAUAAUAUGCCACUGGAUCCUUCGUUAUGCCUUGUUUUUAACACGACAAGAAAACCGACAUUGACUAAAAAUUCCAAUAGAAUGUUCCAAAUUAUAUGUUCUACGACAACACGAAGGGAUCACGCUCUGGUGCUCGUGUCGCGAGCAGCCUCGAGCAAAAGCGAGAUCGCGGAGAUCCAUUUCGUGUUUGACGUCUGGUGUCGCAGAAGUGAAACUAUCAGCUUCCGCCCGCUGCUGGAAGCUGCUGCUUUUCUUCCGUUCUUCUUCCGCGUCAAGAUGCUGGAGCAAGCACGAACACGACUGAUGCUCUCGUCUUAUCAAGUAGAGGCUUUUCCUCAUCUAUCUUCAUGCUGCUUGUUGACCGAGAAAGCCACCAAGACCAAGAACAUACUGUCGCAACCUCCUGACCAUCUGCGGGGCGAGCGACUCCUUCCGAUCGAGGACGAAGGUGGCAGAAGUUGCGCUUCCGCCGUGCGUGGUCAUGCAGAACAAGAUCUAAAGACCCAAGAGACACUGUCACAAUCUCCGUGCCACCCGCUGGGGGAGCGACUUCUUCCGAUCGAGGACGAAGAUCGCAAAAGUAGUAGCACAUCUAUCCUGCGUGGUCAUCCAGAACACAGACUAAGUCUUCAUCUGCAGAGUGUCGACGAGGCCAAUCAACUUGAGCAUGAGGCUCGUUUUACAGCUUCUUGCGAUGAGGAUCUCAACAUCACUCCUCCAUCCUACGCCGACAUCGUGAGGAAACCACGCAGAUUGUCUCAACGUCCCUCAAAGCAGUGCUUUACUAGUAUCUGUAAGGCAACUCCGGUUGACCUCAACGUCGCUGCAUGCCCAGAAAAGCCAUCGCUUCAGAUUUGCAAGAAUGAAGCGGAUUAUCUUCCUUUUUAUAGUAAAAAAGUAUCUCCGUCACUAUCUCGCGCCCCCUCUAGAAACACUAGGAGAACGAGCACGAGUACUACUAUUAUUUCGCCUCGUACCAGGCUCGUCUGUCGCUUGUCUCCUGGUACGAGAACGAUCGCUAGCACUAGCAACAACACUAUGGAAGGCAAACGCGCUCUCAUUCUCACACUACGGACGGAAAAUGUUUGGAAUUUGCAGGAGAUAAGAAUAAGUGACUGAGAGUAUUUAGGUAAGUUUAACUAACUAGCUAGUUUAAGUGGCUGAAGUCCCCAUCCCUCCUUGUCCCGCCCCCUGAGUGGGUCGGUCUUUUCCCAAUACCAAUCCACUCAACCAAACCACCCUGCCCCGCAGCCUCUCCCGCAGCUUCCGACGAUGUGACUCUGCUGCGGGUAGUCUGCUUCCUUUGGUUGUGCCCACAACAAUAGAAAGCUGACGACAGCCCCAGCUUUCUACUGUUGUGGUGUCCGUAUAGUCUACCUUACCGCCAGCGGCCGCUCUCUUGUCCGUGUGUCGGUUCAGGUUGCGCCGCCGAUUUUGGAACCACCUGAACAAGGAACCGGCGUGAGCCCGCCGCCAGGCUGGUCCCCGCGAUUUUAGUGGUGGCAACCUUGCCCGCGGGCCGUCGCGUUGUUCAUAUGGGCGCAAUCUAGCUAGGCGGACCGAGCUGGCAAGGUCUUGGCCACUAGUUGACCCAGAUGUGAUGGGAAACGUGAAGCGGCAAGGCCCACGACCUUCCCUCGGAAGCGCUGGAGAGAAGUCUGCGGCAUGUUUCUAGUAGUGCCUGCGCGCAGCCGUCAGAGCUUGUCGCAUUUUGAUCCCCAGGCCUCACCUCUCGAGUGGAUGUCGACACCUUUGGCGCCCUUUUGAGGCGUCGCCCUAACUAUGGAGGAAAGGCCGCCAGCUGUUGGCCCGCUGCCGUUUUCUGCUGUUCUCAACUCCGCGUCUUGCCUCUUCAGUUGGGGUCGCCGGUCUCUCUGGCUUUGAGAACGCACAAGACGGCAAGCCCCCGAGAUCUGUGCCUCACGGUAUGGCCGAAAAGUCUCACUUUUUUGCACGUUUCGAGCGCUGCUUUUAUCAUGCUGGGGGGGCUGGCCGACGGUGUCGCCUCCGCCGGCCAUACCGUGCCGGCCCAUCGUUCGUGAGUCGAUUCUUUCCUCUGCUGUUGACUUCGUCGACAGCCAAGGGCCCAAGCCAAGGGGCCGGCGGACUGAAUCUCGCAGCCUUCAAGACCAGCGACAACAACUGCGCAGGCGUGUCUGCCUUGCCAGCGCACUACUUCAGGCCGCACUCCACUGACUUCGAUGGCUUGAGCGUGGUGGCUUGCUGGCUGCGUGUUGGUGACAUGAACGGUAGAACUUGGGCGGCUGUGCUCCUGGUCUUGCGCCUUUCCGCCGCCAAGAGGGUGCCGCGGCUCUUUGCAGAUCCAGCGGAAAGCGCUGCGGGUGAAGCGGCUGGAGCCGAAGACGCUGGUGGGCUUGGUGUUGGUGCUGGUGAGGUUUUUGCCGCGCCACCUGUUGACCUUGAGGGCGCUCUUCUCUUCGCUGGCUUGUACCACAAGGCGAGCGCCUGGCCCCAGUUCGUUGAAGAGAAGGCACAGGGAACGAAGGGGCACAGGCGCAAAAGAAACAGAGGGCAGGGCUGCGCCCAUCGUGGCGCCUGAUUCUGGAUUUGUGUUGGUACUUGCAUGCGUGGCAGCACUCCUCUGAAAAUAGAAGCAGACAGAUGGACAGAAAAACUGGCCCCAACUUCAACAACUUGAACGAAAGGAAAACUUUGCGCAAGCUUAUCCAUCAAGCGCCGCAGGGGUCUCAGCCAGGCGACUGAAAUUCGUAAGGCGUGCGCGCCAAGAACUGCGGAACCCCCCAGCGGAAAGCCUGAGGGCUGGCGGCCUCUUGUGGCGGUCGCGCUGCUUGCCUCCUCAGAAUCGGACAGGCCACGGAGGGACGCGCUUGGGGCGUCUGUGGCCGUCGCCCAGGGAAAAGGGCCCCAAGUCUGCCGCUUCUAGUCCAGGCAGGUGCAAUAAAUUUGGCUCGAGAUGAGGCCAUGGACUCAGCGAUCGGCGCCGGCCCCUGCCGUCACUCUCGCCCUCGGUCGCUGAGUCCACUUUUUCUGGCCUCUUUCGUUUCUGGAUCUGUUGCAGCUUAGUAUUGAGCUUGGGGGCCCGGAUUCAGCGCAAAAGUGCAGAGAUGGAGAAUGUAUGCGCACCAUGCCGGGCGGGGUAUGGCUUGCGCCUGUUGCCCUUCGUAUCUUUGGAGGCCAGCCGCCGCGUCGGUGUGAAAGAUGGCCGCGAGAUCUUCGCAAAAAGUUGCCUGGGCUGGUCUUCGUUGUCUCUGUGUUUUCAAAGAUGGAAAAGGCGCCGGCGUGGCUUCGGGUGCUUUGCUUUUGUGCUGUGUUUCUCUGUUGUUGACAGCCCUGACGCCAGGUGGGUGCGGACCACCCGCACGCCAUUGGCAUCGGCGCCGCCUGGAAUAUAUACAGCCGCGGCACGCUUGACGCGCAAGCCUCUCCCUCGAGGUGUAGAGGACUUGGGCGGAGGACAGGGGAAACGCAGGCGGGGCAGCAGUGGCAAAGCGGGGCGGCGUUGGCUGUCUUUCUGCGCCUGAACGCCUGAGGCGGCUCUCCGUUUUUUUUCUUAUUUGAAGAAAACAGUCUUGCCUCGGGAAAAGCUGGCGGGGCCUUCUUUUCAGAAGAAUUUCUGCGGGGUCUUGUCUUCUGAAAAGAUAAGCGCACGGCCACGGAGUUCCAACAUUGUCAAAACUUGCAAACUUUCUGCAAACAUUCAGCGAAGACUCUGGGGCGUUUGUCUUCUGUGUUUUUUUGGUGAGCGAAGGCAUGAGACUGGAAGUGGAUCUCUGGGAACAAGCUCGCAACAAUUUGCAACGGAACCGCAGACGCCUCCGCGCUCGCUCCUUGUCUCUGGUUUUUGUGGUUUCUCUGUUUCUCUCUCCAGGCUUGGGAGGCCUCUGGUGUUGUGCAUUCGUUUGAGAAUUUGGCGCGUGGCUGCGCCGCGGGCUGGUUCGUCGGCUUGUGUGUGAUGCUCUCGGUGCAGUGAUUGGCUUGCUUCUGUGGGUGUGGCUGGGUUGUGUCGGUUUCGUUUUCGAAGCUCUUGCUGGCUUCGUGUUAAUGAGACAAGGACAAGGGCCGCGCGCGUGGGCGUCGGCCUCGGCAACUCUCCGCCAAGAUUUUCCGCCGCCCGCCGGUGACUGUCGGGCGCGGUGGUCUCCAACAAAGAAAAGCACAGAAGUGGGGGAGGUCGCUGGGCUCGCUUUUUGUGGAGCGUGUGGGGCGCGAAGGGUCUUGGGUGCGGUUUUUACUCCCCCUGGCAUGAUGCGCGCGCCCGCAGUCAGCCUUGACCUGGGAACGCCGCCCAGGGCCUCCCACCCAGGCACGUUGGUCUUGGUGCCUGCGGGUCAGCGCUGGAGCCCUUGCCAGUGGCUGCCCAGCCGCAUGGCUUGGCCCUUUAUCAUGGGCCAAGGCCACGAGCGACUCUUGAAGCCGGCGCAGCCUUCUGCCCUCGCUGAGGGUAUCCGAGUUGUUUUCCAAUCGGCUGAGCUGCUUUCUGGCACCUGGUGCCCGUUACUUGCUUCUUCUGUCUUGGUGUCGGUCUUUCUUGGCAGGGCAGUAGCGUGCGGCUGGAUGCUUCUACAACUACACACUAAGAGUAAGAGAAGAACUCUCUUCAAGGUGUUUCUGGGGUUGGGCUUGGGGCUAGUUUUUCUUUCCAUAAGACAACGACGGCCCAAGCUGCAGGGUCGCAUCGCUUGCGUUCAAGCGCCGCCCCUCCGCGUGCAGAUCUUUGAUUAAGCAUGACCAAGCACCCCUCUCGCCGCUUGUGCCCCUACUCCGACCCAAUUCACCCCGCGCCCAGCCUUUUAAAGUAGCUAGUUAAAGUUAGUCGCUAGCUUGUGAAGAUUCAGGUGAGUGGACUGGGAAACUUUUCGUUGAUUAUUUGAAGAGGAUGAGAAGGGCCUUGCCUUCCAUAAGCACACCAAUUACAGCGAGGCAACGCAAAGAAAGCCAUCAAGGCCAUCUUCUGCUCUCGACCUCGACACCCGCGCCCAGUAGUUCUGACGACACUGAGCCAGCAGGGCCAGAACAUGAGUACGACUACAAAGCUGUAGAAGGUGUUGACGACGACUUUCGCACUUGCGAUAGUAGUUCCACUUCCAGUGCUGCUCUUGCGGCCGCCGAGUCAAUAGAGGAGAAUACUCCGAACUUGGAACGCUUGAGCCUGCUGCUUCAAGAGGAAAUCGCGCGUCCAGGUGCCUUUGAGCGGAGUGGGCUUGUGCUUGAGGACGAGGCCUGGCGGUCUUUGGUGCAGAAAGAACGAGAAGACCGAGACACUGCGCCAAAAGUACUUCAGUCUAGCUUUAUUUUUGUGGACUAACUAGUAGAUCGCUGCAGGUAAUUGGACGGCAGUGAUUCUAUUUUGUCGAAACAGUGCCUGUCUUGAUGGUCUUUGUUGUAACUUCACAUAUUGCGAAUCCCGCUUCUGCAUCUUGCAGCUACAACAGUCGCACUCUGUUACAACCUCAAGGAAAAGCACGCGUUAGCGCUGGCUUCUUCAAUAGUUAGAAGCACCAAAUAAGUCAACUUCAGCACCUGCUUCCGCAGUUUCAAGAGUGAUCUUUAACUUAUUUUAUAUUCCAGGAACUUUGUGAGGACUCUUAGGUUGGCACCUUGUCUCCUCGUGCUGGGAGCUCUGGGCUGCAAGUGGUGCUUAUGGCCCAGAGUCCUGACCACAUCCCCCAAUUACUAGUCGGCUAAAUGAAGAAUUGACAACCAGCAUGAUCAUCCUCCCCCUUCUCUUUCAGCGUGUGCGCUUAAGAUUAGUUCUUCUAUUAGCAAGGAGAGUAAAUUUGAAAAACCUACAAUCUGUCUCAUACUCCAUUAUUUUAUAUUCCAGAUUGUGAAUCCACCGCGCUCGGGCUCGCGACUGACGACGCAGGAGCUGCCCUCGUCGCUGUCUCGUGUUCUGGCUGUUUCGUCCACCACCAGCCUAAUGAGGGAGGCCUGCCACAACAGGUUUGGAGCGUUGUUCUCUACUAUGGCAAUUUUGCCUGACGAUGGCGAGGACGAAAGCAAGAAGAAUGAAGAGACGUCCGGCACAGUGUGCCGCCCCACAACAAAAACAAGCUCCCAACUGGCCACGGAGAAACAGCAGACCAAGGUGAGCAAGAAAAAGCAGAUGCUGAGUAAAAGAAGACUCGCCGCUUCUCGUAGGUCGCUCCCGUCUAGUACUACUUUGCCGACCCUUUCAGAAGCAGCGCCAUCUUCUUUGCGAUCGGCAGUCCAUGACGAUGCCGAUGCCCCGUCUUCAUCUUCAAGGAACGGCAUUGGACUAGUACUAGUAGACGAACAGACGGGCUACGCCGAAUCUUCGUCUUUUGCACCUCCGGCGCCUCCGUCUAGCUCCUCUGGUGCAUCUAAGUGCCUUCGUGAAAAGAAGGCCAGUCGCUGCGAAGCGGUAGCAGUCUCAGUGGCUCGCAGGUGGGUCGCCAAUGCUGGCGCCACAGUUGCCGCUCACUCCUCCUACAGCAUGAACAUUCGCAAGUGGAUCCUCAGCGCUGGCGCGACGGUGGCUCACUCCUUCUACAACACUCGCAAGGGAAUCGCCAACGCUGGCGCGGCUACUGGUGCGCGCUCCAUCUGUUGGCAUUCAUGCAGACCCAGAAGAAAGCAACCUCCUAAAAAGCGACUGCCUCCACUAAGACUACUGCAGCAGGAAGAGCACGAGACCAAACCGAAGGCGGCUGUGCUGCGAGGCGCUUGCCGCGGCUUCUUGCGUCAUCUGCUUCUACUCCUACUACCGGUCUUGGCGGUCGUCGCAUACCAGCGGAUGGAAAGGCUAAAAACGGCAAGCACUGCGGACGCCGACGCAGAAACGCAAAUAAUAGCACGCGCGCGCUCAUUUUUUAACGAGGUGAAAAGGGGUUCGCAGCUCUUUAGGAGCAACUAUUUGCGGUUGGAAAUACCACAGGCAGCGCUGUCGGAAUGGCGACGCGAUGUCAACGCAUGGAUGCAGAACCGCAACCGCGCGGACCAGGACCAGGGCCAGGAGCUGCAGAACAGAAUGAAAAUGCAAAAGUCAGCCCAGGAGGCACUUGCAGGAUGUAUAGACGAGCCGAAAGAGAUUCCCAGUACCACUGGAGGAGAGCAGGUACAUAUAGGAGAUAAGGUGACCUCAUCCAAAUGCGCACUAUAUGGCAUGUAUCAAAGCGAAGAGAAAACUCGUACCCAAAGAGCUCAGUCCCUCUAUUGGUAGGCAUCGCUGAAGCUGACUGAUAAGUAGCGCCUGCGCUUUGCUGGGCGGCUAGCUAGGAUUUGUAUACUCAGACUGACGCGAGCAGUAUCGCAGUAGCUCAGACGUCCUCGGCGGCGAGCAUCAGAUCGGAGACCGAGAGCGACGGACUGCGACUGCGGUCUGUUAAUUCAGCGGCCUUUUAAUUCAGUGUAAACUUGUUUGUACGCGCAUCAGUUUCAGUCGGGAGGGGGGGCCUUGAAUGCUGAGCAGGUCUAAGACUGGCGCGGUCUCUGUGUUCAUGUGGUCGGUCUUUUUGAUUUUGACCCGGUCGACCUAGAUUAGAUAUAGCUAAAAGUGGACAGCUCUUACCUUCUCGCCUGAAUUAGAGGGCGCCCGACUAGCUAUAUUAGUGUAAAAUAUGAAUGGGCAUCAACGAGCUUCGACUUCCGGAACUGAGCUGGGGACUCGCUUCAGCUUUUCGCCUGGCCAGGCGAAAAGUUGGAACAACCUAGCCGAAAGAAUUGCCGGACUCAACACUUCAAGAGUGGGGCCACUCGUUUGCAGCUUCCUCCAGGGGCUCAGGCUCCAUAAUUUUCGGGCGGAUCUUCAGAACCUUUGAGCGCGACCCACUGCAGCUUCGCUGGGGCUGGGCCUCUUCGUCUGCUGUUCGGCCUCUUGCGAAUUCGCCUGGCCCGCGUUUCCUCUUCUGUUCGAAGAGUUGGCAUCAUCUCUAAAACCCUAGGGAACCCUUCGACAAAGCCUCCCGCCAUGCUUUCCCCCGCUCCGCCGACUCUGAAUACCAUCUGAAGAGACAAGCGCCGACCGAAGGAACAGGCAGGCGGCCUGCUGAGAAUCUCGAGGAAAGUGAGGGCGAAGGCCAAAAGUAGUGAGCGCGAUGCCCCCCUAUGAAUACCAAGAGGGACCAGGCCAAGCCCAUUGCCGAAGCCCGGCGCAGGGGAGGGGGGUGGACGUUGUGUCUUUCCGGGUGAAUUCUGUGGAGGGACAUCGAGCAGAGCAGGAAGAACGCGCAAGAGACUUGAAACGAAGAGAGGCGGCGGAGACACGCGAGAGGCUGCUACGACCAGGGGGAGUGAGCCUUAAGACUAGCCAUAGGCAUCCAGUCGGCAGCCCUGGCAAAGGGCUCUAGCGUGAAGUCAAGCACUAUCGCGGCAAGCUCGGCUCCCCGGCCAUCGAAGCUCCACCUCCCCCACCUGACCUGUGAGACGACGGCCGCUGACUUUCUGCGGCGGGCAAGCUGGAUGCGAAGGAUGAAGUAGCCGCGAAAGAGGCGCGGCGGCUCUUAGACGCAGGAAGGCUCAUCGAUUGGGGUACGAAACGGACUGGCUAGCGGGCUUGUCAAAAGCACGCGGCAGCACCAUACCCAAAGCGCAAAGCGUGCGCCGAGUAAGCGACUGGCUGAGAGUGGGGCUGAGUGAGAUGCCACGGGAACGCUGUCAAGCGCUCACCUAAAAGAUGAGGAGCCCAAGGCGCUUCUUGCCGGUUGGGUGAAUAGUAAAGCGCUGAGAAAAAUGGUCGGCGUUCUUAUUGUGUUUCCGCCACCAGCUACCAAAACGAGACCACCACGAAAGUAGGCGAAUUAUCGAAGGGAAUGGAAAUCGUACCAGAUCAAAGGAACUAACGAAAAACACUACACACAAACGGAACACGCCUGAAGUUUAGGCGGCGCCGCACCUCGUCGGGGUCGGAUUCCGAGUCUGACAGUAGGCCCAUCCCGUCGCCCGUCUUGUCUGCUCUUGUUUGCAUCCGGAUGCAGCCGGGCAAAGUAUUGGAAUGCUCUUGGGAUGUGAAGAAGUACACUGAAAAGGAUGAGGCUGGUGGUGGAUUCUGGGAGUGAAUUAAGUGAGGGGAGUGAGAGGUGAGCGUGGUUGUUUGAGUGGUUCGCGAGAUGCCUGCGCGAGUGGGUGAAGUGACCGGCUUCAGUGGGGGCAGAGCGGUUUGGUGAAGUUUCUCAACAAGAAAAAGGCAUCCGGCAUGCAGAAUCGAACGGGCAUAGUCUUGCUUUGUCUAUUUAGAUGCGAUGGCGGCUUAUUCAUUGCAGUAGCUAGUCUUUCUAGAACGUAAGCGACAGCUGUAGGAGUAAUUAACUACGUAAGCUAAGUGCCACAGGGUAAAGCUAUGGCUAUCUCUUAGCUCUUAUGUAGUUUCGAUACACUAGCCCCCGCUCUUUCCGCUUCGGCUCUGCGGUGAAGAUGGAGGACGUUGCACCCAAGAGCGACCCUGUGGCUCUCUUUUGUGGUGUGCCGCUUCCUGUUCCAGCGUUGCGAGAGCUUAUGCUCCUUCCGCGGGUGCCGAUGCGCGCUUCUGGGUCUUACUUGAUUCACUUGGUCAAGUUUUGGAAGUACCUGCAGACUGGUACGGGGAUGGAGGGGACUCCUAGCGAAGCACUACAGAAAAGCGUUGGGGAUGAGCUUGAGGAGAUGCGACACUUGUGCUGCGUCUUGCUGUAUGGGCAUCAGAAGAAAGCAGUGGCGCGCUUUUUGCGGAAAAUAACUGGAGAAGAGAAGACCAGCUACUUUUCGCAUGCCGAAUUUGAUGGCGCCAGCGUGUCUAGUUUGGACCUGUGGAGCAACAGCAAGCGGCUGGCCCCUCAUGAAACUCUUCUAGUUUUGCGCUGUCUCGUACGUUGUGAGGGGUAUUGGACCUUGCAGCCGCUGGGCCAAAUGAUGCGCUCUCAGUCAUGACUCGGAAGCAGUGACGAGGGAGAUCCGCUUCCACGCGGAGCCACAUCGAGUUCUUCUGCGACGUUCUGGCGUGCCCAUCGAUGGCGUUUUUGCCCUUACUCAUUAUGCCGGUGACGGGGCUUCGUUGAAGGCCAUGGCGUCGGAUAUUGUGGCUUUGCGCGAGCACUUGCCAAGCAGUCCUGUUUUGGAUCCGGCUGAUGCGCUUUGUGACCUCGCGGUGGUGUCGCGGUGUACGCCUCACGCGUACCGCCUUGCAAUUAAGGAUGGCCUCAAGCUGGUGAUGCUCGGCGAAGCAGACGAGGGGGCCAUGGUGCAGAUCACUCGUUCUGUGAACAGCAGCACGCAAGUGAUACGGACAGCCAUUCAUCACUUCGCCCAGCACUUCAGGGCGAAGAAGCCGCUGGACCUUUCUAGCGUUUCGCAGUGCGAGAACUUGGCUGAUUUCCGUGCAGGAGGGUGGAGACCAGAUCUAGGAGAGAGGAUCAAGAAAUUGCAGACUCGCUUCGUUGGUGGCCUCUUGUACACAGCAGGCAGCUGGGGAGACACUGACAGCUGCCUUGUCGAAGUGUUCAGUCCCCCUGGAAUUCAAGUAGGGAGAUUUGGGGAGGCUGUGGACGCAGUAGGGCGCUACUGUCUUUUCAAUGUCUUAGGGUUAUUCCCACAGGCGUGCGAGCUGGCUCUAGUAGUACAGACUAAGGGGCAUGACUUGAAGUCGGCCCUCGGGCAUAGUAGUAUGACGCCAAAGGACUUCAUGGGUAGCAUGUGGCAGCUGUUGCUGGGGCUUCGUGUUGUGACAGCGAUAGGGCGCAAAAUCUUGGCUGACCCCAACACCAUACCAGUGGAUCUUACUCGGGAUGUAGUUGAGGCGAAGACGAAUGAGGUCUGGAGUCUUCAGUGCGGGGAGGUGGCUUGCAAGUAUGCUGAGCAGUGCACCAUACUGGGUCAGUACCCGUACCCGCAAAACCCCUGGCGUCUGACGCAGACGCCAGACUUUUGCCAAGUCUCAGAAACCAAUGAGGCGUGGCGCGAAAGUCUGAGCGUCUGACGCAGAAGUCAGCCUUUUCAGAGUUCCCUGGGAGCGAUAAAACUCCGACUACGCACUCCGGCGCCCGUCAUGGCGCUUUCUGUUGGAGCUUCGUCCACAGGUCGUUGGACGCGUCGGCGGGCCGUGUGCCGGUGCUUUUGGGUGGGGGGUUCACCUGGCAGGCUCGCGUGGCAGCUCUUCGGCUUCUUGCCCAUCGGGGUGCCUGGCUGUGCCUUCUCGUUGGAUUUGCAGUUGGCGGGGCUUGUCGCUGCCUGCCUGGGUGGCGGGCGUGUCUUACUUGCUGUGGCCGGGGCUCGGCUGAUGAGGGGUAGCCGUAGCGCGUCCGACUACUUUGGAGAUUCUUGUGCGCUGGAACGGGAGCCCGUUUAGCUUGAUGGGCCGUCGGGCCUCGGGGUCGCGGCUCUCUGCGUCUACAGGUUUAACUAGCCCAUUUGCCUCAGUCUCCCUUACUAAAGAUUUUCCGCUGAAAAGGCAUGCUUUUCCCAAAGUCAUGUAAAAUUUAUCUUAAAGUGAGGGGGUGGUGAGUGGCUCGACCUUGUGUUGUCGAGGAACCACCUGAAGAAGCGGCCACUGAGUUGAUGGAGAUGCGCCUGCAUUGAGGUCCCUAGCGCUCUUACCGUAGCAGAGGCGACGAGACUCCUUCACCGCUCGGGUUCUGUGUCUCUCGAUUAUUGUCUGCCAAAGCCAAUCAAGACAGGCCUGCCAGUCAAUGGAUGCGCAUGGCGGCCAGAGUGAGAGCCUCGACUGAAUCAAACUCAUUGCGGGCGAAGGACGCAAGAGAAGAACGAAAAGCGGCGCUCAAUCGGUGAAGAGGAAGAGAGGCGCCAGGCCAUCAGCUGCCAACUUCCUGCCCCGCUGCGCCAGCUCUGCUGCUGGUCUCUCUAGGGUUGUCGGCUGGGUGUGCGGCCCUAUGCUCCCCCAGUCUGUAACCGUUUCAUCGGUUCACUUAGGUGCUCGCAUUUCAAAGGCGGGGGGCAGCGCGUAAUCUUCUACAAAGAUGAAGACAAAUAACAAAAAAAAAGGAUCUCCUUGGGGGUUGAGAUAAUCACGAAGGGCCUUCCGCGAGCGCCAGAGGAGUUCGCGAUCUUCCCCUGUCUUCGUCUUGCGCGAUGAUGUGGGUGGCGUCUGUUAGAUUUAAAAAGUUUAGAGCUUUGCUUCAAUGGAUGGGCAGACUUUUGCAGCGUGUGUAAUGCAAUCAAAACGGGGAGAGCGAGAGCGUCCCAUCGCUCUCUUUCGCCGCUCUCUUUACCUCCUGCCCGCUCUUAGUAGAGUGAUGCGCCUGCUCAGUCUCAGGCAUAGGGUAGCCCCUUUGGUUGGGGUGCGCCUUCUGGUUUCUGUUUUUCUUUUUGGUUAUUUUAUGGCGAUCAUUGCGGAAGCGGAACGCGGUAGAGGAUGGCGCAUGGGGCGAAGCUUGAAGGCCUUAUACUUUAGAUAGUGUAGGCUCACCAGUGUGGUCACAUGCUAUGGCUGGAGAGUUCUCAGCCUCAGAGACUCUUCAUGGGCCGGCUCACCGUAGUGCGAGUGGGUCCAUUUAAGUUCGUGGCUUCGCUUUUCGCGCCGUGAGUUCACCCGCGUGCUAUCAAGUGCUAUGGAGCGCAAAAACCUACUGACACUCUAAACCACUAAAUUUCUUGAGGCGUAUGAGGUUCGUCCAGGGCAGCUGAAGCUAGCAAGCUAGUUAACUAGAUAGUUUAGGGGCCAACGAAGUCGACCCUGGUCGCGAGUCUCAUGGAGGGCCGGCUGGAGCUCUGAGCAGCUGGACCGACGGGGCUUACCUUGGUGCUUCAGAUGGGAUCUGUGGCGAGAGUUUGGCCAUUGAAGUGGGAACUUGUUCAAAUGCUGGCGAUGUGGCACCACCUCGAAACCUCAGACCUUAGUAUGGAUUUUUCUAUUCUUAAACGGAAUCGGUUGGCCCGUGUAAUCGAUGAAAUCAGUGGCAACACCUUCAGGAAUCGAGUCGGUCAGGCCUGCCGCGUUUUGUGUUCGAUGUGCGACGCCUUUUCUUGUGCAAAGGGCUACAGGUAUCUGCGUGCUGUGCUUGCUGCUUUUUCUUGGAGAACAGAGGGUCUGCUUGCUAUCGUACCAAGUGCAGUGGCCCUCUGUUGCUCAGAUGUCGCUGCUGAGUCGGGUCUUUUUUUUAGAGUCUGGCGCGAUUAAAUCGAAAGGGACUCGCAUUCGGAUUGGUCUGAAGUAAAGGGGAGGGGCUACUUCAGUGGCUGAAUCGUCCAGACUUUCUCUCCCCUUUCCAGGUUGACUCAUCCAAGGCCCCUCCCUGCGUUGGGCUGUUUGACUUCGUUUCAAGUUUGUUAUUGCUAAAUUUGCUACCAGAGACCUAGGCACAAGAUGGCAGCCCCAGACCCUUACAAGAACACGGACCCAAAGCAGAAGAAGGCAAUCGCCUUGCAGCACGUUAAUGCCCUGCGGGUCUUGGGUGGUUACGUGGGUCCGCGUAUCCGUAUGACUCUCGUUGCGACUCUGAACAACGUGCGCCAAGAGGAAGGCGGGCAGCUGCCCUUGGGGAAGGAGAAGCUCGGCGGGCCCACUUAUAGGAGUGCACAUCUUCCCUAUUUAUGCCCUGCGCUGAUUAUGAUGGGGCUUGCUUCAGAGACAGCCUACCUCAUCGAUUUGGAGAGAGUUGCCUCCUAGCUUAAAGCUUCAAAUUGGUAGGCCAGAGGUAUCGAAAUCACAAAGCAAAAACGUGGAAGCGGUAGCAGUUUCCCUUCGAUGAAUCACUUUCAACCCUUUUACUUUAGCAAUUUCUUAUCCUCCUGAUCAGAUGGAUGCGCUGACAUUCUUCCGAAGCACCACGCCCGCUGGAUGGCCCGCAAUACCGCGUGGGGCUGGGGCUACACGAGGCGCCAGGAGGUUGCUACCAGUGACAGCAUUGCUUGGGGAGUGUGUCGCGCUCUCGGCGUGACGAGUCCGCACGUGUCAAGCGUUGAGGCUUAGAACAUGCGCUGGCGAGGUUGUAAGAAAAAUUAACUGUAAGGAUUCAGAUGCGGACUCUCUACUACUUUCAACGGCCAUGGGCUUCCGUUUCUUCUUUGGCUUUCUCCUUAAUAUUCGCGAUCUUCUUGCUUAUUCUCAACUUCUUCAGCCGCCGGCCGGCAAGGAUCGCGGCUCGCAGCCUGAUGAAAAGAGCUGCGGCGAGUGGGUGGGGAACUGCUGUCGCCGCCACGGCUCGCCCGAACGUGUGCUGCAGGCUAUGGCUAAUGCGGUCUCGCUCAAUGUCCUGACUCCGCGCGAACUGUGGCACCCCAACCGCGUCGCCAGGGCGCGUGGCUUUGAUCGUGGCCCUGGCCCCAUGCUGAUGAACGUCCCGGCAUUAUCUACAUGCAAGGAGAGAUCGCUGCCUGGUCGUGCUAUCUACAAGCUUGAAGGGAUUCACUUUUUAGGUAGUAGAUCAAAAAAGGGGAACGCAUUGGAAAAGCGUGCAGAUUUUACUUAUUGCACCCUCUCAGAUCUUCAGACCCGACCUCUUCGCGUCACCUAUUCAAACCACCCGCCCAGAAUGCUGGCGCGAAUGUGGACACCUCCACGCCGGGGCAGCUUGCUGGUGGAGCCACUGCUGACAAUACAUCAGGCGCAGCCGCUCUGCUUGUCGUGAUUUUGGAGGAGGUGGAGGGCCCGAGCACGUGCGGCGCCUGGCGCCAACUUGUUCAACGCUGGACCGUCGAGCCCCACUCUUGGCUUGUCUGCUUCUUCUUCUACUACUACGGCUCGCAAUCCGAUCGAGAAGGUGGCUACCAUCAAACCCACGGACACGGUCACGAGUGAGAAGGCGGCCCUAUUGAUCAUGCACAUGAGUGACGGAACAGCUCGCACAUCCAUCAUUGGCCCGGCCCCUGCGAGGAAAGAUGAGAACCCAGAGGCGCCAGCCCGUGAGACUGAUGCGUCUGCUUCUACUGAGGAAAACAGCAACAACAGUGCUGCUUCUGUUGGCGGGGAGGGUCCUCUCCUGCGUCUGGAGCUUCGUCGCAGCGCAACUCCAAGGAGAAGGAGCCGAGUGCCACUGGGCUGCGUCUGCGACUGCCAUGGCCAUCCUGGUGAUCAUGAUGCCUCCUGCCGAACCCGAGGCGCGUGGGUGAGAGAGGAGGUGAAAGAGGAAGCGCAGCCGGCUGAUGCGAAGCCCAAGAAGAACUCGGAGGCUAAUAAAUUCUGAACUGAAGGCCAAGAGCAAGCUGAAAUCUCUGAAGGAGCUCGCCAACAAAGGAAAGGCGCAGCUGAUGGGCUUAAGGCUGAGACGACUGAAGAAGCAGCUCCUGCGCCUAAGAUGAAGGCUGCUGGAAAAUCUAAGAGCAAAGUCAAGGGCGGGCGAUCUCCUCCUUUUCACGACUAUGCACAACAGCCAUACGCAAUAAGCUUAAGAAGGAAACGCGAAUGGAAUUGGGGCACUUCUUAUGCAUAUGCUGAACUAGUUAAAGUUACCCACUUGAAAGGCAAUUACCUUCCGGCGAUGGGUCUAUGAAGCAUUUUGCAACUUGGCACGAAAGUAGACUACUAAUCUAGGGAAACGCGUCAGAGAUUGGCUAUCUACUCGGGACGCUGUCAGUUAUUUCAAUAUCGAAGGAAGACGCUAGAAGGCUUCACGAGAAGCAGAACUAUCGGAAUUAAGUGGAUCAAAAACGUGCACGAGACAAAUCGACACCCUUACAGUGAGUGGACUGCUAUAACAAGACUACGGGGCGACAUCUAGCGGGUUUUCUUAUUCUUGAGUUGUGUUGUGUGGGAUCUUCUUAGCGGUGAGGCAGCUACUCAAUAGCACUUAGGGUUAGGAGGGAAGCUGUGGCGUUUCUAUUGAUGGCUUUUAAUUGUGAACCAGUCCAACGGGCGACUUUUUAAAGACUUGACUCCGCUGCAGCAAGCCAGCUGGAGCCUGUCAAAGUGCUUCUUGGUUGUAUCAUCAUGAUGAACGUUCUGCACACCCAUAACUUUGAAGCUUUUGCUGGUGCUUUGGCUGGUGGACUUCGACGCUGAAAGCCGCGGGAAGAGCGUGGGACAGAAAUGAGAGAGAGAAGUAGGGAAGAACGAAGCUACUCGCGUGAAGUUCGUAGAGCUGCCAUGGUGGAAGAAAACUGGACACAAAAAGCAACGCUGUACUACGGGGCGUGGCCCGCGUAGUGUAUGCCUCGCCAAAGUGAGCUGACUACGCUAUCCUACUAAUCGACUGCGCUAUCUGCUCUAUCAAUCCUAUUUGAAGCAUACCAGAAACGUGGCGCCUCUGUAGGUGAGUGAGCUCGCGGCUCCUGUCAGAAAACGUUAACGCUCAUGCAGAACGUUGAAACUUUUGACGGGAGAGGGCUGGGGACCUCCCGCGAGUCCAUGAGGCGCGACGCCGGAGCUCGCUGGAAAGAACAGGCGACGCAAGAGCCUGGCUUGUAAUGAAUAAGGGGAAACUUCUGAAGUGCCACGCUCUUGUGCUGAAAAUACCCGCGAAAGUCUAUCAGUCGAGUCGAAGGCUCCGAAUGCUUCUGACUAAAAUUCUACGCGAUCUUUGGCAAAAUCUUGGAUGCGUGCUGCUCUGCUCGAGUCAAAUCUUCUCGAAUUCUCGUGCUUGUACUUUGAUCAUGUGUGAGAAAUUUGAAUGCCACUGCAACAGAGAUCGUGAAAAGAUUGCACUCCACGCAACUGAGCUCGAGCUCGCACGGUGUUCGAAAUCUGUGACGAGUUAGAUUGACUCGGAAACUUGAAGGUGAUGCAAAAAGCCUGAAAGUUGUGGAAGGUACUUACGCGAGCUGUUCAGGUGCGGACUGUGUAGGGCUACUGCGAUUUUUGAGUACUUAGCGAGGCCUGGCUGUGCGUCACACAUGGCUCAGUCGUGUCACUGAAUUUCACCGCUUCCUUUCAAACCUACCGACAGGGAUUUGGAACUCGUUGAGCCUCGAAGAGUCUGCCGCUAGUCUUCGCAUGAGAACGCACCUGAACGCUGGGAGACAAUUGGGAAACUAUUGAGAAAGAAAAUAGUUGAAGCGUUUGAAAAAAUCAAUUUCGUGCUUGGUGAAGAAACUGGCUGAAAAAGAGUUGGAAACUGACUAACUAGCUAAAACUGUAUGGGUAGCGCUCACAUUGAGGCUAGAGACAGCAGAAAAGUGACGACCUACAGCAGCAUGUGCCUGGCGGAGCGCACGAGCUUCCCAGAGCCCAAGGACGUGACCAGCUCGGACUUGCACUUGGUGGCCUUGUGUCAUCGAGACCCUGAGAAGAUGACUGAAUACGGCAAGGCGGCCCUCUCGUUGGAGGAGAUCGAUGCGUGCUUGAAGUUCAGAACCUUGAUCGUCAACAAGACUGCUAUCCCGCACGCCGAGGCUUUGAGAGGCUUCGCCCGCUCUUGGAUGGUGGCGGCUCACGUCCACAAGACAGCCGGAAAGUCUGGCCUGGCUAAGGCCUGGACGCGUCAACUUCUGAGCAAGCUCCCUGACGAAUGGGAUCGGAAUCAGGCGGGAAACAAGACUGAAAAACGCGAUCGCCUAGUGCAGGCGGCUGAUCCGAUCAACAUCCCAGCCGAAUUCCAGGCUGAAGGCUUCUGGCAUGGGAACGCCAGACAUGAGUGGAAGAGUGGAGUCUUGAAGGGCCUGCGGCUACCGUUGAGCAACUACCUUGGAAAGCGCAACGCCCCCUCGCCCUCUGAGAAGGACGAGGACAAGACGGGGGGUGGAACUCCAUCGACAAUGAAAACAAAAAGGACAACGAGAAACGCGUCUCGCCGUCCAAAAUCUUUGCGGAUGAUCCGACGCAACUUGGAGGACAGGCAAACGCUAAAGCGUUUCCGAAUGCGAUGGGAGCUCGAUUUCGACUACUUUUUUGCGAUCUGUCUAAUUUGAGAACAGCCGCUGAUGGAAAACUAUACAGGAAAAGGAAGAACCAGCCUCGCCUCAAAGUCGAAGGAGCUUGAGACACCCCACCACGACACAAUGAAAAAAUUGCAGGUCGGAGGAAGCGUGACGGGCUCGCCCUCGUCGGCGGGUUCGUCGACGGACCAUGCUGUGGCCACAUGGGCACAAGGCGCCACAAGUUUGAAGCGCCCAGCUGAGCGCUGAGGAUGAUCAAAAAGCGCCGAUUGCUGGUGUGAUGGAGCAGCUAACCAAAAAACUCAAGCUUGUGCCAAAAGAGCCGGAGACUGGAAACUAACAGGACGGAGAGCAAGAUCCUCCAGGACGAGGCCACACGACCGCAAUUACCCGCUGGCGCGGCUGAGGGUGCCAGCUUGGGCUUGCGCACAAGCGACCGCCUCGGCGACGUUGUCGUCAGCCCGGUGGUCUGCUCGCGCGAACCUGACGCGAAUCCACCUGAAGACGCGAACUGGCCAAACGUGACAGGCAGGGAGCGCGUUUAUGGGUAUUACUGGAUGGGUGAUCUACUUUUGACACUUGGGACUUGAUCUAGAGCUGAAAAAUGAGAAGAAGAAGAAGGCUAAAAAUCAGCGAUGGCAGACGCUUGCUUUAGCAUAUGGGCUCGAUUUGCACUCUGCAGCGCCUCGCACAGAAAUAAAAAGCUACAGACUUGAAGGAAACAAGUCGACCUACACCGACAUCGCCCUGCUGAACAACGGCGAAGGAAAAUACGCGGAGCGCAGCUACGCGCUCUGCUGGAUGGCGCUUGAUGGAAAUGCUGAGACCUUCUUGGGCCAAAUGAUCCCGACCCACAAGCAGACCUCGACGGCGCGAGGCUUGUGGGCACCAGCAAGCGAGAGGGAGACAGUCGACGACUUUGCGCGUAUCGCGCCUUGGGUCUGGCUGUCGAAACAGUGCUAAAGUUUGAUACUGCUGCGGCUGUAGAUGCAAAAUGAAUAAAGAAGAAAAGACAAGGACUAAAAAACCAGCGGAAACUUGGAAAAAGGACGCACUUGCUUGAAUGACCGCGACGGAAAAAUAAACGAAAACCCUUGGAAAGGGAAAAGAUGCACUGCUUCGAAUGACCAUGACACAAAAAUCGCAGCACCUUCUGCCACCUCUUGGCAUCGCAGUCGGAGGCUCACCGCCAGACGGCGAAGGCUGUUGCCUUGUUCUGUAUGGUGAACGGAAUCAGCUGCGAACGCAGCCUGCUCCUACGCUACGCGUCUGAGCAGGAGCACAUCAAGGACAAGAGCAUGACUCUGGUGAAGGCCCUCCAAGGCCCCUUGAGCCACGACCUACAGCGCUUUGUAGCAGCGCUGUUUUCCGCGGCCAAGACGAGGGUCUGACUGGAGCUCCCGCAACACUUGUGGCAGGGCUGGGAUGUGCCCGCGCUCUGGAAGCUGACACCGCGCCGCAUGACCGAACUCAUCACGCUGGAAAAUGCUGACUGGGGGAAGACGAGCUUUUUGUCGUGCAAAAAGUUACCGGCUAGCUAAUUCGAUGCCAGAGGGACUCUGACUAGAAGAAACUAAAGACAAGCACUAGAAGGAAAACAGGCCUACUUCGAAAACCGCCUGAGAUGGGCUAAGAGCUACUGUGUCUGAAAAUGGAAAAUAAAUGAAAACCACACAGCCGCGCGGCAUUUGCGUUGGAGACGAGCAGAAGCUCGGUGGGGAAGUUCCUUGCGUACACGGGCGAGGCUGUGGAUUUACCAACUGCCACCCAAAUGGCGGGGGGCAACGCAUACGCAGUCAAUGCGUAUCAAAAAGGCGAAAUGGUGAGCCACAUCCUCCCAAUGUUGUUGCGCGCCAAGGUGAGAGGCGACGCUCAACGAUCAGGGUGCAGCGCGCUGGCCUAUCUAUGUAGGGUGGAGCAUGCUUAUCGUGCGAAUAUCCAAACUCGCAGAGCGCUCUUCGGAAAAAAGCAGGCGCAAAAGUAUUAGGCUUUGGAUGGAAAGCGAAAAUCUGGCGAUGGCAAAUUUAUGCCACUCCACUUUUGGAAUAGCCAAAAAAUCUCUCUGAUGAAGAAGCGGCUCCCUUGUGGGAAUGAGACUCAGGCUAUCCUACCUUGAGGAAUAAAAAACUAACUGGAAGAACACCUUAAAAAAGCUGAAAACUAGAGCGAGGAACAUGGUGAACCCCCUGCCUCAAACCGCUUCGGCAACAUGGGCAAUGGGUCCUCGUUUGUCUACGGACGCGACAACGAUGAAGACUACAGCUACUACGGCCGUGGCAGCGGCUCGUCGUCGUCCACCACCACCACCGGACAGGGCGCCAUCAAAGGCGCAGGACGAGGCGGAAAAGGCCAGAAAGAAAAAGGCAAUGCCGAUUCGCCUGGUGUGGUGCAAGGCUGUAGAACUUCUACUAGCAUUGAUAAGGGGCGCGCCUUCCUUUUCAGCUCGGCUAUGAACAUGCUCCCGCAGGGCGCGGGCCUUGACUUUGAGUCUGGUCUUUGGUGGCUGCACACGAAUCACUACCAAACAGGAACUCAAGAGUUGAAGCAGCGCGGCAUCACACCGGACCACUCGAAGUUAAGGUUAACGGUCGUGAACGACCCCCGCUACAAGUGGGAAUGGUGUGACAACAAGAACGCCCGGCGCAAGUGGAGCGAAAAGCAGAGCGACUGGCUCUACGACUACCACGGCGUCUACACCGACGGAAACGGUGGACUACCGGAAGAGGAACUGACGAAACGACGCGAGGAAAAAUACGCCAAGCGCGCCGCUGCAAAGGCUGGAAAGGCCGCUGACCCGGAGAAGGGAAAGGGUAAGGAAAAAGGAAAGGACAAAAGCGGAAAGAAAGGCUACGGCGAUGCAGUACGAUGAAAGUCACUCUGCUAGCGAAGGAACUCCUUGAGGGAGAGCACCACCCUAGCAGAGGAGAUAUAGCUAUAAUGUGGAAUGAAUAAGAAUAAGGGAAAAGGAGAAAGCGAGCCUGCUGCUCGUGAGGAGAUGAAACAGCAGGACCGAGUGAAGGAAGAUGAGGAUGAUGAAGAUGCAGAGGAGGUAGAGGAACCACUGCACUACGUCACUGUAGUGAUGGGCGACUACUAUGAUUCGAAGCCGCUUUCUAUGGAGACUCGUGCUGAUAUGAGUCACGUUUGAAAAUGAUAAGCGUAGCUUUGACUUGUAGAAAAAGCUUUCGUUUACUGAGGCGGACUUGAAAAAGACGAAUGGUGACGCAACUUGCUCGAUCACGGGGCGCAAGCUCAACAAAAAGCGCUUAGUCGCCGACGACGCCUGGACUGUGUCUAAAGAUGGCCACCUAGAGAACUCUGCUGCGAAAGAGGUUUAAAACAAUGGAUGGCUUGGAUUCCCACGCACGGCCUGCCCGGCGUGGCGUGUAUACGGUAAAUGCAAGGAUGGGGGCUGCUCUUCAAAGCACGAACGUAAACCGUCGACGACGGCGACGCUUGCGGGCGUCUUGUCUUGGCAGGUGCAGAACAAGACAGGCUCCACGACUAAAAAACUUGAAACAGCCUGGAGCGAUGUGAAUUAAAAAGGAUUAAAAACGUUGCGCCUACUUGUGAACCCCCGCGGGGGAAUAAAUUGCCUCACAAACAUUCUUCAUGAAAUAAACGAGAUUUCCACUUCUUCUGAAUUUGAAGGACACUGCUUGAGAAAGAAAAGCGCGCCUGUCUAUGCUGCAAGAUAAAGAAAAAGCUCGGCAAGUGUAUUAUAUAUUGUCGAAAAGCCAACUGGGCUAAUGCUAGAUGGAAAAAGGAUCUCGCUCAAACAGGCCUGGCGCUGAAACAAGUUGUGAUCAGCUUCAAAUAGAACUACGCGGCGUUUGAUCUAUGUGAAGGGAGCCCAUAUGCUAGAGCUAAAACUUGACUGAGGUACUGACGUGAUGCAUUGACAACACAUGCGAAUGAGAACAAGGUAGGAAAGCCUGUCCCUGCCCCUGCGGGAGACCGAAAAACCGGCACGACAAAAACAAGACUGACGAAGGGAACAAAACCCGCGAUAGCUGUCUUGAUGUAGAUUUCUUGCAAAUCGCGCUGGUUAAUAAUGAAAAAAUACUCGCGACGAAAAUGCUUGGCGGGAAGGCAGUGGCGUUCUGCGAAGAUACGGCGAGACAGCACACGCCGAGAGACACGACGAGAGAGACUGAGUCUGAUUCUGAUAGCCGAGCGAAAUGGUAGGCGUAAAAGAGUCUCUCGCUGAAAAUGCAAGAAGGACUAGACAGGGACAACGUGCGAAAUUAACAUGGCACACUUACCGCUAGCCGGUGCGUGGCUGCACGCCACAACCACAAGCCAUGCUCCAAAAAGACAAAAAAUAGAUGAGGACUGCAAUUGAUGAGCCGCCAUGGCGCGCGGCGGGGGGGCCUGGAAGUGCAUCCUCCUCGAGCGCUGCGAGCGCAAGCAGUCUUGGCCCUGCUAUGCGGCAGAGUAUGGCAGUGACGCCAACAAUGCGGCUCGACAAGGCUACGACCGCAAAGGGCGACUACCGCCAGGCCCCUGCGGAGGUAUAUCUCCAGUGACGCGAUUGCUAUAGUGUUGCAAUCGCACACCGAGGGGGCGAGGGCGCAUUGAUAAAUCGCACGCACCGGCUCGAAGUUUUUCGUGACUACUGGAGGAACCAGAAACCGCCGACUGAGGCACCAUAUGAAGUGGAGCGCGUGCGCCUUUUCUGCCUAUGGGUGGCGGGCACGAAUGAGAGCUCCGAUUUGGCGAGGUCAUACGUCACGGCGAUAACCUACAGCCUCUUGGUGCCGCCAUUGAACCCCGACACGAAUAGGCAAUAUUUCUGGAUGGCAGACGCGCCACGCGCGGCGCGUUCCCUGGCAAUCGCCAGUGACGAUAUAAAACGGGCCAUCAACUCCUUUGAAAAGGAGAAGGCGCCGCUGAUUGCAAAGGAGGCAUGGGCAAAGCUCCAACCGCUGGAAAGAGCAGCCAUAAGGUUCGGGGUGAGCCUUGGAAUACGCUGGAACAGUGUCGAGGCUAUUAUGCCUCAGGACGUCGAGUCUCCGACACACCCACGGGGUAAGAUUUCUGCACAUAUCACACGUGAUAAGAUUACUGCGGCAGCGAACAGGACGGCGCUCGUAUCUUGCUGCUGCAGUGGGACGACAAAGAGCGGCCUCUGCGUCGUAUGCGAUCCGCAGACCAAGAAAAUAUCUUUCCCACUGAAGGAAACGAACGAGAUCCGAAAGACACUGCAGAAGAUAGGGGCGAGAUUUCACUCCCCGCGAAGGACAGACGCCAUAUGCAUAUAUGUGAGGGCAUGCGUUGAGGCUGGAGACCACUUUGACUUCGGGAAAUAUAUGCUCGAACGCGGGCGGACCGUGGUCGCGACAUUUCUUGGCUACUGCGUGGACUACACGCAUGCUGAGGCUGAUCGAAUGCUGCCAGCUCCCGGCGCACUGGAGUUGGGAGACAUGUCGAGCAAGCGCAUCUCUUUCCCGGGGGAUAAUUCGGAAGCCCACACUCUCCACGAGAUGAACAGAUCAUCCGUGGACCUUGAAGACAUGGAGACUGUCGAGUCUUUGCUAUUGAGCAAAGAAAAAGCGACAGUCCCAAAAUCGUUGGAAUCAAUGCUACAAAUCCCGCUUGGACUUUUUAGCCGAAGGGAAGGUCUUACAUACAGAACGGGAAAGAAUUGACAACGAGGAAAGUAAAACCAAAAGUCAAGACCGUAGAACAACAGAGAAGAAAGGGCCUUUCCAAACCAGCAUAGGCGACCGCGAGCCUGCUGAAACAGACUCAGAGUGCACCACUGCGGUCACUGGAGAAGCCCUAGUGGUGUCACGCGGCUACCUUUGGGGGGUUUCCUUUGUACGUGUGGCAGCUACCUGUGCUGUAUGUGAGCCCUUUUCUAUGCCCCUUUUUGUGCGUGCUUUGAUGCUGCUCUGCCUCCGUACUCGCUUGGGUGACGGUGCCCGUCUGAUGGGGCUGCGCUUGUGGGGAAGGGGUAGCGCUCGAAGGACACCACUGGCGCGAGCGUAUGCCAGGCGCGGUCGGGGCCUGCGGAAUUUGUAUGUGUGAGAGGGGCUGGGACUCGCGGGCGCUGAGACCCAGCAAACUUUUGAGGUAGACUACCAGGGUGCCGGACUCUUUAAAACGACUGAAACCUUAAAACGAACUUGAAAGGAGGGGCACACUAUACGGGGCGUGGCCCGCGUGGUGUAUGCCUCGCCAAAGUGAGCCGGCUACUCUAUCCUACUAAUCGAUUGCGCUAUCUGAUCUAUCGGCCCUAUUUGAAGCAUACUCGACCUCGCCGGGAUGGAUGAAGAAAGACGCCCGAAAGUCCUCAGAAAAACAAAAGAAAAACUUGAAAACUCUGAAGGUGCGCACCUUGCAAAAAUGACAGCCAAGGAGGGCACCACGAUAAGGCGCAGGAUGGUGGCCUCGUCGGUUUCUGAGAUGUGGAGAGAGUGAGAGGGGGUCGGUGGUGGUUUGAAGAUCUCCAACAGGUCAGAGGAGUCUUGCAGGUGGUGUCGCCCGAUAGGUGGAGAGAUGGGCAGCAGGCCUCGGGGUUCGAGGUCUUGCAGACAGUUUAGCCAUGAGAAUGGUGUCAGGAGAGAGAAAAGGAAGAAGAAAAAGACGAGGGAAAAAAGGAACCAAAAAAGAGAGGGAGAGAGAGGGGCGCAGGGUCUUUGGUCUCAGGUAGUAGGUAGAUGGUGGGUCGGUCAGCUGAGAGAGCCUGGCACACGUGUGUGAGAUGAACAGAAGCAGACCACAAAAGGGGGACAGAAAAGGACAGCAAGAACAAGGCCAAAAAGGAAGCCACAAAACGGCGAGGCCGCGCGCCUCCCUUGGGGCUUUUUAACCGUCUGGGGCUAGUUGAUUAGAUAAGUGAAACAGUAGAGCACAGGAAUAAGCUGAAACAUUUGAAAACGAUGCGGCGCGACCGGUCCACCCUCUUGGCGGUUUGCUAGUCUUCUGGGCGUCUUUGUGAUUCUUCCAGGGGAGCGAGCCGACCGAGGUUCGGAACACAGCCAGCGGCCGGACGGCUGGGCUGUUCGCCAGCAGCGCCACAAGGAAAGGCGGAACAGCUGCCAAUAUGUGUCCAGCUGGUGGCAUCAUGGGCCCUCGCGGGUUCGUCGCCUCGUUGCUUGUAGUGGUUGUGGGCCUCUUGGGCUCAUUGGGUCUGCCUCUUGCGGCCAUGGAGCUAGGUGGAAGCAGUUCCAGCACAGACGCCAGCGGGCAGUGAUGUCCGCGCAUUCUUCGACUCGAAAGACCAGCUUCAUCCUCGCAGGCUGUGGAGGCUUGGGCGCAUUCUUUCUAGUGGAUGUAGCAAGAGACGCGGCACAAACCCGAGCAAAGAGCAACAAGAUUAACGUAGUCCAAUACAGAGCGGAACCCGACGGAACAACCACCCAGCAGCUGCACUUCCAGAGUGAUGCUGUAGGUAGAUUGAGAAUCUUCGCGCAUCAGAUAGCUUAGCAUCGCUCGCAACAGUGCAGCCCACUGCUGCAGGGGUGAACGGUGUCGGGUCGUGGUUCCUACCAGCGCACGCGGUGCUGUAUCCGAACAGCGCGCAGUUUGGUGAAGGAAAGAAGAACAGGAAGAGCUGCUUGCGCGGAUACUCAGAGGCGUACGAGAUCGCGGACCAGAUCUGGGCAACACAUGACCCCGGAGCGUUCUUCUGUGAGAUUCCCCGGCGCCAUAUGAGGGAUGACGCGAACGGUGCGCAGCAUCUACAAAGGGUGGCCGCUUCCAAUAUGGACCACACCAGGUGGCUCACAGUUCUGCAGGUCUGCACCCGGUGCAUCGUCUGCGUGGCUUACUUCUUGGCAAGAGUCUUCUUCGGUCUUGGGCGAAGUAUCAAAUUCGGGCAGGAUAAACUACCGGAGCACACCUCUGGCCCCAACUGGAACGAUCAGACAGGCGCACAGUUUGUCUUCUGUUUAACGACGUGGCUCAUAGCGAUCAUCAUCACACCGGUGGAGCUGUAUAGUGGUACCAUGUUGAGCACUGACCGCAGCAAGAACAGACGGGGCGCCUACCUUGCGGCUGGAGUUCCAUAAGCACUGGCGCACCGCCAUGCUGUACCUUCUCAAGGGUGGCGAGGUGCUCCGAGAUAUGUCGCUCUUGUUCUGCACCAUCGGGGUUCCGCGUUGGUUCUGUCACCAGAGCGGACCGCUAUGGUAUUUCUUGUUUUUAGGAUUGUUUCAGUGUUUUAAUCUGAUGGGUGAGGGCAUGGACCAGAAGAGAGAGCCAGAAGGGCUGGCGGGUGUAUGCUCUCCCUGAGGACCAUUGCUUUCAUCUCGGACCGGUUGCGUCGUUGUGUGGAUCUAGAACCCACCUGGGGGAGCUUCGGGCCCACUUGUGGGCCGGGCGCCCUCCAGACGACUACAUCUUGCUCCCGUGUGAUCUCUUCCCACCCAUUUUACCCAGGUACAUUUCCACAGGCAGGUGGCGCAAGUCGCUUUGUUUCACAGCAUGGCGGUGCUGUGGUGCCGGGAUGGGCUGAGUGAAGUCCGUGAGGCGUGGCUAUGGCGGUAUGUUGAGGACCCUGCAGCAGCAGAGCUCGAGCUACAGCAAUGGGAGCCGAAAUACACAGCAGGCGACCCGGGAAGUGUUGCGCUUCAUUCUUUGCAGCUAUGGCACGCUGGGCAACCUCAGCGCCACCGGAAGAACAGGCUCAAGCGUGCGGCUACGUUUUUGCUUGGAAGGGAGCGGGCCCAGAAGAUGAACGAGCGCAAGAUCGGAAGACUCAAAAACGAAACCCGCAGGGUAAAAGGUGGACUAAAGUCAACGCCUGGCGCUGACACAGCCGCCAAUCGCUCGGACUUCCGGGCAGCAGAGGCCCAGGUGGUGAAUGAGCUGAUGCAACUAGAUCGCCUUGGCCUGCCCUCAUCAGAUGGGGAGACCACAACCCGCAAACCGAGGAAGCAGCACUUCAUGGCGCGGGCGAUCGAUUUGAAGCGCGCGGAUCAGUAUCAUGACUCCGCUACGCCGGAGUCGAGGGACCCUUUGGAACGUGCUCGGAAGUUGAACUCAUGGAAAAGCGAGCAGGAGCGCAUCAAGUAAACUCGGAUCGCCGACCAAAAGAACAAGCAAGAAGCCCAACAUCUAGAGGAAGACCCAUCUUCUGCCAGUAGUGAAGACGAUGGGAGGAACCUUCUUCGCCCGAGGGCAAUAGUGGAGGAAGAGACGCGGUUCUUUGAAACCGUUCGGGACGGCACCUCUCUGGAGUAUGCUGCGCGCCGCGCUGAUCGUACGAAGAGACUGGCACAGCGUUGCAGCUGGGUGCGUCAACCAAUAGCGCGCCCAGAUCCGCCGCCCAUCUCCGUACACGGAAGGCCAGUGCUUGCUGCAGCCAGGAUCCUCAUGCGGUGGCGUCGUGCCAGGCGUAAGAAGCUAAAAGCGAUCCGGGACGCUGAGGCAGAAGCACUCCCUGGCCAGCGAAUAGAGCAACUUACUUUAGAGGGGGAGGAGGAUAAUGAGGAGGCUGAGACGCUAGGCCACGGCCUUGAGCCAGCAGAGGGCGACGGCGCUGAGAAGGCCUUAGAGUCCACCGGAAUCAACAUCACUCAUCUUCUAUGUCUGACAUUAAUCACCCGGCUUAGACGCAUCGAAGCAGAUCGCUGGCGUUGGUUUUUGAUCACGGGCGUUGUGCUAUCCCCUGCGUCGUUCAAAGCGCAGUGGAUUCAACGGCGGGAGACUUUACCUAAUGACGAUGCUAGUUGUGGGCCUUUGAUGAAGAGGAAGACCAUCAGCUCCGACUUGGACGGCUCGGAGUUCGAUUUGAACUACGUCUCACCCUUCUGGACAGUAGAAGUAAGACCUUCUGAGGAGUACACAGGGGCGGGCAUUUUCUUGGGCAAGAGACUUCUUCUGCAAACAGAAGGAACAAAGCAGCAAGAGGCGGCGAAGACCGAACAUCCCAAAGAAGUUGUAGCAACUUUGUCAGCAGCUGAGCGCGCAGAACUAGACUACAACCUUGGGCAAGCUUUGAAGCCUGCUUUUGGUGGUGUGGUGAAUCCUUCAGCGAAGGACAGGGUGGCGCUGAUAAGUCAAAGGCUAAGCGUCGGCCUUCUUGUCGAGAGUAUCGACCCACCAAUAGAGCAAGUUAAUAAUUCAGCGGCAGCAGCGUCUUCUUCUAGUUCUACCUGUAGUGGUGAUAAAUGCGCAGCCGCGAAACCUGGGAAGACACCGGAGGAGGAGACGUCUGCCCGGGAGUGCAAUUCUUUCCAGAAGCAGCGGAAGAAAGCACAAGCCAAACUCUUGCCGGGGAGGAUUGAUGGGCUCCGCGUGGUCGAAGAUACCGAUCGCAGUCGCACAGCCGCCAAGUCAGCUGGCCGAUCGAUUGUGAGCCUCAAAGCUCGCGUCACUGAUCCCCUACUGGCGAAGACGUUUCGCCAGCUUCUUCCAGUUCCAUCACCUUACAUGGACAUGAAGUGUAAGGCGACAACCAAUCCAAAUCGCAGCCGCCGACUCGGUAAAAGCGACUCCAUGUUCUACUGCGAGGCCAUGCUGAAUCUGUGGUCGGUGAGAACGCGGCUUGUGGUGGAGCGAGGGUCAACGCAUGUGGUGAAUCCACACGCUUCACCUGGUGCCAAUCACCUAGAGCAUCUCCGUGAGGCUUACAACUUGUACAGCGCUGACGUCAAAAGCUACGCGCUUGAGCUAGCAAAUGCAAAUGGAGACCCCAAAAAAAUCAAGGAAGUGGAGGAAGAACUGAACAGCCCAGACUCUAUGCUCGAGAAGCUUACUCCGAUGCCUGUGGGGCACCAGUGGCACGGCUUCCCGGACUCAGAAGACUCGGAUCUUGACUUGAGGAAGAUGAUGGCAAGAUAGUGAGAAAACAACGUGGCGAGACGAGCUACAACAUCCCACACGGAAAGGCUGACGCAGGUCGUUCAAUGGGCGAAGAAGUGGAGCGCCUGCUGGCGUAGUUGGCAGAUAAGUGUGGCAAUUUGACGCUUCGGACGGUGGGUGUUAAGCUAGGGAUCUAGGCGACAGCUUUCGCAUUUUUGGCUCGGUAAUAAUUACAAGACAGCAGCUUUUUACUUCAGUAACAACUUACUUAAUCAGGGAAAUCAGUAGCACUAUCUCAAAUAUUCCAUGUUUUUAGGUAUAUUGGGAUGAAGAGUGUAGGUGGGCUUACAGUGGCAGGCAUUUAUCAGAAGGACCCCAGAAGAAGAGGACCCCAGGGCCCUCUUCUGCGGGUCCCCCGACUGGCGCGCUGGCGCAGGCUUGGUCGGUCGGGGCCAAGCUUGCAGGAAAGUCUUUCGAAAGACUUUCAAGCGGGCUUUUGAAAGUCCUUUGGAAGUCUUUUGAAAGUCUACCACAGCCCCCCUCAGGAGGGCUUUUGAAAGUCUCACUUUUGUCUCGGUAUGCACAGACCCUUCUGCCCGAGGGUCUGCGAUAUAGCGAGACUUUCAAAAGCCCUCCUGCUGAGGGCUUUUUGAGACUUUCAAAAGACUUUCAAACGUGUCUUUGGGAGGCUCUUUUGAACUUUCAAAAGAGCCUCAAGCAAAGUUCUGAAGACCUUCCCACGCCUCUUGGAUGAGUCGUGGGAAGAUCUUCACAAGACUUUCAAAGGCCUUCGCAGGGAAGAACAUGGCGACGGAUGCGAAGGCUCGCCAGGCGAGCCCAGUGGCGUGGGCAGCAGCUGUGGCUCUCCUGGCGAGCGCUCGCACCGAGCGUGGCAGGCUGCUUUUGGGAGGUUCUUGAGGCCCUUCCGAGGAUCUGGCGAAGGCUCAGCGCAGAGUCUUCACAAGAUCUUCAGAGCUUUGCGAGAACCUCCUUGCUGGUUGUCCAGAGGCGCGCUCCUCAUCCGAAAGUCUGGAGAGGUUAUAGUGUAGCUCUUACUUAUAACGACUCGCUUUGAUCUUGAUGGCUAUGGCAAUUCGUCUGACGAUUAUUAGAAAUUACAUAACGACGUCUGACAUCGCCGGAGGUAGUUGAAACUGUUAGAAGGAACGAGGUAAAGAGUAUCGAACCACUUGAAAGAGACACGAGCGGCGUUGCUUAUUAUUUUGGUUAUUUCGGUAGGGGUAGGAAUUGACUAACGUUCGCCAGCUUCUCACUAUUGCGACGGAAAGCGGAAAAGCCGGGCAGUCUCUAGUAGCAUGCAAGACAAUACCACAAGGAGACACCACUGCUAGAGCAGAAGAGCAAGCAGCUGAUACGCCUGCGAUAGAGGACGAGAAGGAUUUAGAAGCGUGGCAAGCUCGCUGCAUUUCACAGAAACGCACUAUCAAGAUCUGACUUGUGCGUCUGCUUUUUCGCCGUCUCAGGUCCACAACUCCACCGACACCCCGGAAAGCCGCCAGCUUAGAAAGAGAGACGACGAAAGACAAUUUAAAAGAGCGCAGACUGUCCUUGAGUCGGAUACCUUUGCACUAAGAACCUCCCUGAAUUUCAACAGCGUGGCCAGCUUUUUGUGGUGGACAUGAUGACUCUUGACAACUUUCCCGCGCAAGUUGUAACAGAUGCGAACGAAAUAGUCUGACCAUCAGUCACGCUUGUGCAUUUUGGGAACAAGAGCCGCGCCUUUUUAUCCAACCACCUGAUAGCCGCACGAAGUCUAUUGCAACUUGUCCCGGCAAGUACCAGUAGACCAAACUCACACGAGGCCAUCUGCUCCAGACGUUGUGGCUUCUUGCUAGCUCGCCACGGGAUCACUUUCGAUCACCAACAGCUUGCAAACAGUGGACGCCUCAUCAUCUGCGUCUCAUGAGUUUCGGCACAUGCUUAUGCUAAUUAUGGUGAAAAAGUAAAUGCAUGAUUGAGAAAGUUUCUCUCUUCUACAUAGUCUCGCAGUAAAUGAAUGGAUAAGAUUUAAAACAAUACAAUAAAAAAGUCCUAAUCUAAAGCAAGAACUUUAGACCAUCAUCUAGUUGGAUAAUAUUCAAAAAUCUACGCGAUGCCUGGCAACGCUGGUAGUGGAGGAGCGACCACGAAGGCGCGCCGCCUACAGCGUCACAAUACCAACGACGUCGCAGCUGAAAUUCGCGCAAAGACAGGGACUCCGGUACUAAUAUUUACUCUCGUUAUUAGCUAUCGUCGUCUAUGGGUGUAAUUUUUGGAGGGUCUCUACUCUGUUGCGUUUUCUUUGAACUGAGUAGAUUCCGACUGUUAGCUUAUUCUUGUAGCCCGAGCAGAUUACAGAAACCAGCUGGACUAACAACAAGCAUCAGCGGCACUCUCCUUCCGCUCAAAUCAUAAACAAGCCUCCGCCCCUUUUCACACUCUAAAAAAUCUAAAUUUAACCUAAACAGAACACCGCGGGCGUGAUUUCCUGCACCAAGACGCUACGCAACGAUCAGCAAAACGCCAAAACGAGAGCGAUGGGCCGCAUUGAGAGGCAUGCGGAAGUGGAGGAGGCGAAGACUGAGGCGGAGCUUUUCUUAGAGCACGAAAAAUCGACUGCAAAAGCUCUGAAGAAGAUUCCGGGCCCCAUUCGGGGCAUCGUCACGGCUGUCCGUGCUGACAAAGUAUCAGCCAAGGUCCUCGUGCUCAAGAAGGGCACGCUCGAAGGCACGGACGACGAGACGAGCAGACGGGUCGUGGUAUUGAUGUUUUUUUUUAGAUGUAGGACGGUGGUAACUCUAGCGGAGAUCUUUUCUUAAGGGUAGCAAAGAACUCCAGUGAUGUUGUUGAAAUUAGGUUUCUUAUGCAGUAUGAGCUACAGUUUUGCAGUCGCACAAGUUGUCACCCCAUCAACUUCAGCUCUUGCGAACCCCUCUCAAUUUUUCUAAAUUUAAACCAGCAGAGUCAUCUCGUCGACCGGUACAAAGGGAUCAGCGAUGAGCAAAACUGCUCGCGCGCUUUGGCGGCGGGCUCGUAUCUGUCUCCGCUAUUGCCGGACACUAACUGCAAGGUCUUGCGCGAGGUUGCUGCUGCUCAUGCAUACGCUGAAGGAGCGGCGAAGAGCUACAAGUCGGCUAAGGAGGCACGUGCGAAGAACUUGCAACAGCUUGACGCUUGGAACACUGGCAAAGGGCGGGCGUUUUGCAUGGGCGCUACGUCAAACCUCCGCCAGCUUGUGCAAAGUUGCACGCUCAUCAACACGGCCAUCAAGGAGCAAAAAGUCGGCAAGUUGGAGGCGAAGCUCUUGCCACUUAUCGACGGCGAGCCAAAGCCACUCAGUCCGCAACGUGUUUUCUUCUAUGGCAUCAAGACGGUAAUUUUUCUCAACUACACGCUCAAACUUGCUUAGCUCUCAACUACAUACUCCGUCGCUCUUCAAAUAUUUAACAACUAUGAAACUCCUAUAGUGAAAAGCUAAAAGCUGAGCAACUUUCUCUCCUAGUUCUCCCCCCGACGUUAGCAAAUUUCAAAAACUUGCAACUUCUCCAGGCCUUGGCCACGGCAGCAACCGACGAACGCGCUCUGUUUGUGCAGACCGGCGCCACGUCUUGGCUGAGCCUGAACGUCGAGGAGGCGCCCGAGCUGCCCACGCUCGACGAGGUGAGCCGUGCUCUUGAUGAUUCCGAGUGCGCGGAGAUGAUGUUGUGGAAGAGUGUCGCCGGUCAUGUGUGCCCGAACUGGUCCGGUGAGCCGAAGAUGAAAGACCUGGCAUAUUUUUCGACUGAUUUAGGUGAUGUCGUGGGGGGGAUGUGCUGGCUUUUUUUGUGGAUGGAUGAGAUAGUGAAGACUUAGAAAAGCUCGCGAACUACUGAGAGCCAAAGCAAGUGCGCCUAAGUCUAUAGUAGUCAAAUACCUCUACCACCCAGAUGAGUGGCAACAUGGCUGCGAAGGUGAAGAAGUGCAGCAAGGCGUUUGGUGGCACCCAGCCCCAUGCGGCGUUUAAGAGCCUCGAGGGGUUGAUCACUCGCGUUCGUACUUGCGGCCAGCGUCCAUGCGUGAAGAUGCCUGGAAAUGUGGCAGAGGGUUUGCCAAAUAAUUGCAGAAGUAUUGUGAUUCGGUUGGAUCAAGAGCGAGCUGACAACGACGCACAGAAACUGAUGAACUCGCUGAAGGCAAUCGGUGAGAUCUGGGACAACUACGACGAGCACAACUACCGUCAGCAAAUCAAUGAGAUUAACGGGCUACGUGACGACUGUUGCUCCAAAGCGGUCAAGGAUAGCGACGCCAUGGCCCCUCUGCUGGAGACUUUGCGCCGCGUGACCAGUCACGUUUUCCUCUUGGAUGACCUUGAUGAAGAAGCAGAGGCCAAGGCCGUCCCCACUCACCUGGAGUUGUCCAACUCUCGCACGCUCGUCGCGUUUCCAGAGGUUGCUGAUGCUUUUAAAGCAUUCUGCGAGUCGUGUCGAGGCUUCGACUUGAAGGAGACCAAGAAGUUGAUCGGCGCUGCGACUUCUACUAGUAUCCUUAAAUGCUGACGCUUGUGCUUGGGGGUGGUGUCGUUAAUCUCGGGCUUGUGCCCGUAGUUGUGAUCCAUAUCUGAUAGACCGCGUCUCCGUCUUUGAAUCCUCAGAAAAGUUCAGAGUUUAGACUUCUUGCAAAACCAUCGAAGGACGGAAAUGCGAGCUAUAUUGUCGCCAUCUUCGUCGGAUUUUCAUGGUGCGGCCUCUUUCUCACUCCUCCAGGUAACUACGCGGACGCGAUCAAGGCCUACAACGACGCAGACGAGAACUGGGAGCUCUUGUCCCCAGAGCCACGGUCUCGAUUGUGCGCCCGUAUCAAGAAGAAACUCCCCAACCAGCCUGGCGGCAACGGUAAUGGCAACGCUGCUGCCAACGGCUUGCAGAUGGCGGCGGUCGAGAUCAAUCUCGACGACUAAGCAGAGCAAGACAAGCCGCUGCAGCGGGUGGGGAUAGGCGUGUGGCAUGAAGAGAAGAGUCGAGGAAGUUUCUAAAUGAACCAACACCAUGACGAUACUGAUACACUUAUAGGAAAAAGCUUAGAACUACACAGAAUUGAGAUCAAGACUAUAAAGAGUGGCGACGUUUCUGCUUGUGUGCUGCGUACUUUGUUCAUGGUCCUGGUUGUAUUUUGAGGCCUUUCAUCUUCUUCGUUGUUUUGGUCCACGAUGUAACUUCGUUUAUUUCUGUUGGAUUUUUUUGUGUCUUGCUUUCGUCGACUCGUUGCCUGAACAACGAGGACAAGGCCAAUACUUAACGACCUACACGUGAUGACUCUGAGAUCAAGAAGCGAACACCUCCACCCUCUGCGUAAUUGUUAAUAUGAGAGAAAGACGUUGGGUCUGGUUAUUUAUCGCUCUGAAAUUUGUGACCUUUCCCUUGGCGUAAAGUCAGACUGUGGGGCUUGGUUAUCGACUUAUCGGAGCAAGAAUCAACUUGCACAGAAGUCGGCCAGUAGUGCUCCAUCGUGACACUUUUGGAACGACCUAGCAGAGCUCUUACCGAUGUGAAUUGUGUCAGUCACCAUAGCGCACUCUUCUACAGCUGUGCAAUGAACUGAUGGGAAAAGUAUGAAAGUCUAUCACUGUGCGAAAGGGAUUGGCGUGGGGAUUCAGGUGGCUGCUUGAGUGCACAAAGAUCGGUCCUAGGUUGUCGGCGACAGCUCCGCCUGAUGCUAGUCAGGGGCCGGAAGUGAAGCAAGGCACGGAGCAGGAAGAAACGAUGGCAGAAGGUAGCAAGUUCGGUCUUCUAGGUACAGGAAGCUUCGGGGUGGUGCUCGCGUGGGAAUCUGAGAUCGGUUUGGCGUGCUUCUGAGUCGGUGGGAGCAUGCACGGCCAUGCGCAAGCGCAGAAGGCCAAUGGAGGAACGAGCAGAAGAAGACGCUGAACAGAGCGAGGGCAGCAGAAGAAGAAGAUCGUGAGUCGAUAAGUCUGCUACUUCUCUCGGUGCUUUCCUCUGAGUCGGUUCGUAAUUUCGCUCAAUGUGGUGCAUCGGUAAUUUCCCUCGGCUGUUCAGACAGAAACGGAACACAAAGCCCAAGGCUUGCACUUGGUGGGAGCACUCUGAUGGUGGUGCGCAUCUGGUGCCCCUGCUUGUAGAUGCACAUCCAUCGGCCGCGCCUUGAUUUGCGCUGUGAGAUCUGUCACGAUGAGCAUCAAAGGCACUGCCGGCGGUAGACGUGCAGGCCGCUUCUCGAUCGGUGUGAGCUGCUGAGCCUGUCCCGGUGUGGAGAAGGAGAGCACAUACCCAGAGCAGAACCCUCGUGGGGUUGUCUGGGUAUCAUACCGUAUGGCUCAAAAGCUUGAGCUGGAGAGCAGGUUGAGAGAAGGGGCAAAGGCUGGGGCCUGGUGUGGAUUUUCGCGAGAAAUUCUGGGGACUUUCCCGAGAUAAUCAGGCCGCGAAGUCCAUCCCGGGCCGGCGGGGUCAAGCAUACCAGAUGCAUGAUGCCUCUGUAGGUGAGUGAGCUCGCCGCUCCUGUCAGAAAGCGUUCAUGUAGAGCGUUGAAACUUUUGACCCGCCCACUCCGCCCUGUAAUCAUGCGCAUGCGGGACCGCACCGACUUGCGCACGCGCUGGCUGACGCCGCGGAGAAGGUGGGGGAGGAGCGCUUCGCGCCGCCCCUCCCUAUCAGACAGAGGAGACUAUAUAUCGAAAAUAUAAGAGAGCAGAAACGCUGCUCCCCGACAUGGAUGCAGCGCAUGGAAAAGGCGACGGAGGAUAUGUCUAGGCUGUACGAAUACACGAGAGCCCAGAACUAUCUCAAGACUCAACAGGAGGCACCGAGCCACUUGAGGGCGCUGCUAUGCACGGAGAGGACGAGGAAUGUCCUGGCUAUACAAUAUCUGGCGGAUAUGAUACAGCACCCGGAUAAGCUACUGCCGUGGAGAGUGCUCCACGGCUUUAAGUUAACUCAGUUGGGAAUGGCGACGACGCAGGCCUCUGGAAGGCAGAGCGUAAACCGCUGCUCGAAGAGCACGAAGUAGAGGACUUCUACAAUAUGGCUGCGCGACUCAGACGGGGGAAGCCCAAGCUCGACGAUGGCCUAUUGCUUGCUAUCAUUGAAACAAUAGAAGAGGACACGAAGAAGGGGCGACGUAAGGAGAUAUCAGUGGAGGAUCUGAAAUGCAUGCCAGCGAUGGCGUUCCCAAAGGAUGAGACCACGCCGGAGGGGUUCAAAGUCCGCGCACUGAUUGACAGGAGGGCGAAGAAUAAAUACUGCUGAACCACUGAGAAGCUGGAGCUGCAUGGAUCGAGGCAGAUCGCAGACCUACUCGGGAUGUAUGUCAUGCCGCUCGGACAGGAGGAGAACUACCGCGCGUCCCCACUAGGACGGCUGAAGAUAGAAGGAGACAACGAGUGAAAUUGUGAGAACACUCGAGGAGACCAAGAAGAGACUGGCGGAACCAAUGCCACUGCAGGGCACGCUCGGCGGACAUGCCGGCUGCCUCUCGCAACGCCUAAGGACGGCCGACGAACCUGCGAACCUAUUGACGACGGCAGACCGCAAGGACGACGCACGCGACCCGCCUGAAAUGGCCUCUGAUGACAUCUCAGACGCUUGCUACCUGUUUGGGAUUGAUGACCCGUCGUCCUGCUCGUUCGCGGGUUAUGAUCCGCGGGCUGAGGGCUUCAGAUACUGGGCUUUGUAUACACUGGAUAUGGGCGCGGAACCGUCGGCGCCGGCUUUCUGUAGGAUAGCUGGACUCCUAAUGGCAGUCGCGGCACACUUCGGCCUACCGCUCCGGGCAUAUAUUGACGGCCAGAACUACCUUGCGGCGAAUAAAGACCAGACACGCGCGGCGAAACUCUAACUCUUCGCGCAGCAAUUAGCCUCGGCGCUUGGCCUUGAGCUAUCUGAUAAGCCAAGGGCGGACCAGUCCUCGGCGAAAAGUGAUCGCGUUCGCGCAUUAGGGCUGAUAUAUAGAAACGAGACUGAAACGCUGACGGGUUGCGUGACACUUUGGGUCACACUGGACUGCCGCCGGCAUAUUAUAUAUAGAAAAAACGGCGGAGGCACUUGCUUGGCGCCAUAUUGCAUGCGCUGCGCAUGAAGGCGCUGCCGCGCAAGCUCAUCCAGAAAGGCGCUGGUCUAUGCACAUUUGCCACACAACACGCACGACAGAAGAUGGGCACUGAGGCGCUGAGGCCACUGCGUGAAUGGCUUGGCGAGGUGAUGUUCGAGUCACUGAUACGCAAGAAGCUCGAGCGCCGAGCCCUGAAAAAGCGCAUCGCCAUAGUGCGGACUAUCAUCCCAAGGCCCCCUGUCGUGGCAUAUGGAAGAGGGCGCACUGCCCUACUUCGGUCGGCGCUUGCCUGGGCGGGUGCGUCUACUGAUGGAGGACUGAAUAAUAUGCCACGCGUUGGAGGAUUCAUAGUCAUGCCAGAUGGGAGGCGCAAAGGAUUUACGUUGGAUAUCCACCUGGACGAAAUACAGAAACAACUCCUGGGAGUGGAGCCGCGCACUGAGGUGCUGGAGGUGGAGGCCCUUGCCACUUAUAUUGCUGCGCGACUAUGGGCACGCGAAAGCUUGUUCAUUGACUUCGCGAUCGGCAACGUAAUCCAUUUGUGCGCCGCGGUCAAGAUGGCCGCAGAAUCUGGCUCCCUUAUGAGUGUCGUGUCGAGCACGACACUGCUCUGCUGUGAAAGACGCGCGCAGGCAUGUUACAAAUAUGAGAGCACAAAGCUUAACAUCGCGGACGCGUUCUCCCGACGCGAGUUUGAACACCUCGCGAGAGCUGGGAAGGGGAAGAAAUCCCAUCGGAAUGGUGGAGAGAUGCCUUAGAGGCAAGCUGCUAUACGACGGCAGGUGAAUAAGGCGUCAGUCGCUUUGAAGAAAUGUGAUGAGCUUCUCUCAUGUGGCGCACACAUAGUCUACCCGAGGCUACGCGAGAUUUCGCAGAGGCCCAAACUGACCGCGGUGACGUGUCAGCGUGACGCAGCUACCUGUGCUGUAUGUGAGCCCUUUUCUAUGCCUUUUCUUGUACAUGCUUUGACGCUGCUCUGCCUCCAUACUCGCUUGGGUGACGGUGCCCGUCUGAUGGGGCUGCGCUUGUGGGGAAGGGGUAGCGCUCGAAGGACACCACUGGCGCGAGCGUAUGCCAGGUGCGGUGGGGGCCUGCGAAGUUUGUAUUUGUUAGAGGGGCUGGGACUCGUGGGCGCUGAGACCCAGCAAACUUUUGAGGUAGACUACCAGGAUGUCGGACUCUUUAAAACGACUGAAACCUUAAAAACGAACUUGAGAGGAGGGGCACACUACUACAAGACUGAAAAAAGCGAAAGGGAAAGGUGCUCGAAGUUGAAAGACGAAGACCAAAAGAGAGCAGCUUGGUGUAGCUUGAUCGCCUACGAACUCCUCGGCUCCCCUCUUUAUUCUUGUAGUUCACGGGUUCUCUCAGGCACCUCGGCAGUGAGCGGAUUGCCAUUGGAUGAGCGACGGCGCUUGGCCUUUUACCCAUGGGAUCUGGGGGCUUCUGCAGUUAGUGACUUCGCGGCUUCGAGGUGGUGCCGCAUCGCCAGCAUUUGGGCAAGCUCUCACUCCGAUGGCCAAACUCUCGCCACAAGUCCCACUUGAAACACCCAGGCAGGCUCUAUCGGUCCAGCUGGCCCUCCAUGAGGCUCGCGACUUGGCUCGACUUGCCUGGCCUCCAAGCUUUCUAGCUAACUAGGCUGGCUAGCUUCAGCUGCCUUGAGCCUAAUACUUCUCAAAAAGUUUAGUGGUUUAGAGUGUGAGUAGGUUUUUACGUUCCAUAAGUGCGCGAUCGAGUAGAUUUAGACGAGGCCCCUUCACUGAUCUAGCGCAUCGCGUGUUGGUUCGGUUCUCGGGGUGUGGCGUUGUUUCUGUGGGGUGUAUCUGAUUGCGUCCACCCCCGUCGCCGUUGCCCUUGCUUUAUCGCUGUAGGCGGUUCGUAGCGGUUGCCGCCGUGCUUAACCGUUUGCGCGUUUUUCUUUUUAGUGCCUGGCCGUCGUGCUUCAGGCUUCCCGCUGGGUAGUUGCAUGCUCGUAGUGCGGGAAAUUGUAGACACAGGCAACAAAAAAAAAGUCGCCGGCGUCGUCCACUGGGUAAGCGACAGCGAGUGCGCUGCCCUUUUUUCUCUUCGUCUUUUUGCUUGUCAAAAGGCCUGGCGGCUUAUCGUAAAGCGGUGAGCAGCGUGAGCGUGAGGGGUGAGGGCCGUCGCAGUGGCUGAGCUUUUGAGCAGAGUAAAGGUAAACUGGGUGCCUCCAUCUGCUACAUCAGUCUACUCUGAUGCCAAACGCCACGACGUAGAGCUCUUGCACUUAGACUCCCUCGGGCAGGGCAUCGCUUUCAAUAUGAUAUCUAGUGUGUCUUUGUAGAUAGUCAGCGCCGCUCGUCCGCCUCUGAUCUUUGCCGACCACAUCCCAUUCUGUUUCUGCGUUGUGGCUGCAAGUAUUGCCUGAAGAGGUUGGGCUGCACUUAUUUGCCCUCGUCGUAUGCUUGAGACUAACCUUAAAACCCAAGAAGCGAUGGCCAUUGUUCGAGGCUCACCGCACAAAGCUCACUGGCAUCAGUCUAAUUCCAAUCCGCUCAAAGCCUAGAAUGAAAGGUGGACACGCUUCAGGAUCAGGAGCGCACACCAUUCGAAUCACCUGACCACAUUCAGACUCAAAGCCAGAGCGGCGCUGGUUUAAUGUCUCAUGGACUGCUCGACGCGAUGUUUUGGGAACAAGGUGGGAACGUUUGGAAAGUUGACAGCAAUGAAAACGGAAAGGCAGUCAAGGUCGGCCCAGUUUUAUGGGUAAUGUAAUAGCCUCCGCCUCGACGCCUCGCUAUCCCGUUUGAUUGUCAUUGGCUCACUUUGGCUACUUAGUACAAGCAAAGCCGGGCGGGCUUUGUGAUAAGUAGGCUCUUUUACGUCGUGUUACAUUAUUUUAUACGCUGUGAUAUAGGCCCUUAUGCUUCUAACGUGAGCUAGUGCUAGAGAGGGUGAGGGGUGUGCAAUACGAAGCGCGUGCCAUGGCUUCCAGCUCGACAGGCAGAAGCAGAUGCGCGGGGCAUGUGUUGCGCUUCUGGUUUCAAGUUGGCCUAUCGAGCAAAAGAUCGCGCCAAAAACGCUGGAGGCGUAUGUUGUCAAGCAUGUCGAAACCCCCAACACAGAAACGAGCAGGACGACGCCGGAGCGCCUUUAUGUCCUGGAUUCUAGACGCCUGGGCCUCUCGAUUCGUGUCUGGUCUCAUUUUGAUUUUCGCCGCGUUGUGUUUCAAUUUGCCCGCAAGGAAGUAGAGGCUACUUACUUUCGAGGUAGCAGUCGUGACGCCGAAAGAGUUUAGAAAGUAAGCAUGCGCGGCGUGGCUCGUAGACGUGUCGUCUAGCUUCCCCAGCGAAAAAGUGUUGAGCAGCAUGCCACCCACCGCGUGAGGCGUAUCUAUUUGCCUUCACUCUUUAGCUGUUCUUGGAGUAUCGGAGGCAUUUUCUUGCCCCUGCUCCUGGAAUGUCCUUGACGUGUCGCGGGUUUUUCCUUGCCCUUGUCUCCUUUUUGUCCUUCUUCUUCGUUCUCCUUCUUCUUCUUCUUCUUCUUCUUCUCGUCUUCCGUCUUCUGCUUCUUCUAUCUCCUCGCUCUUCUUCUCCUCCUUCCUCUGCUUCUUCUGCUCCUUCUUCUGCUCCUUCUUCUGCUUCUCCUUCUGCUCCUCCUCUUGCUUCUUCUGCUUCUCCUUCUGCUUCUCCUUCUGCUUCUCCUUCUGCUUCUCCUUCUGCUUCUCCUUCUGCUUCUCCUUCUGCUUCUCCUUCUGCUUCUCCUUCUGCUUCUCCUUCUGCUUCUUCUCCUCCUCCUUCUGCUCUUUCUUCUGCUUCUUCUUCUGCUCCUUUCUUUUGCUUCUUCUCCUGCUUCUGCUGCUCCUCCUCCUCCUUCUUCUAUUUCUUCGGCUACUUCUCCUGCUGCUUCUUCUUCUGCUUCUUCUACUACUCCUUCUACUGCUCCUUCUUCUGCUUCUCCUUCUGCUUCUUCUUCUUCUUCUGCCUCUUCUUCUACUUCUUCUUCUGCUUUUUCUUCUGCUUCUUCUCCUGCUUCUCCUCUUGCUUCUCCUUCUCCUUCCCUUCCUCCUCCUCCUGCCUCUAGUCUCCUCCUGCUUCUCCUUCUGCUUCUCCUUCUGCUCCUCCUUCUGCUCCUCCUUCUGCUUCUCUCUCUCUCUGCUUCUCCUUCUGCUCCUUCUUCUGCUGCUCCUCCUGCUUCUUCUUCUGCUCCUUCUUCUGCUUCUUCUUCUGCUCCUUCUCCUGCUCCUUCUUCUGCUCCUUCUUCUGCUCCUUCUUCUGCUUCUUCUUCUGCUCCUUCUUCUGCUCCUUCUUCUGCUUCUUCUUCUGCUCCUCCUUCUUCUUCUGCUUCCUCUUCUGCUUCUUCUUCUGCGUCUUCUUCUGCUUCCUCUUCUGCUUCCUCUUCUGCUUCUUCUUCUGCUUCUCUUUCUGCUUCUUCUUCUGCUUCUUCUUCUGCUUCCUCUUAUGCUUCUUCUUCUGCUUCUUCUUCUGCUCCUCCUUCUGCUUCUCCUGGUAAGUGGGCACCCAGCUCCCGAAGCGCAGAAGCUGCCGAAGAAGCCACCUGAACGGCGCGCACUGGCGUCGUAGACAAAAAUAGACAGACGCAUCCCCCUAGCUCAGCGCUUUGCCUCUAAUACGUCGACGCUUUCACGUUGCUCACGCUGCAGGAGGUGCACGACGCUGGCAAUCUAGAGACAAUGCGGCAGCAGGUGUACGAGGGUCAACGAGGUGUCUUGUGGACUGGCGAUGGGGACUCGCAGGGCGGCUCUCUCCGUCGCAUACUUACGACGCUUCGCGAUUUUAUCGAACGCGUCGACCUCUUCCACAAGACUACUGGCAUGGCGCAUCAGAGUCUCGCUGUGGAUCGCGUGCUCCUGGGCAACGGCAAAAUUGACGCAAUUAGGAAGGGGCCAGAAUUUUGGUGUUUCUGUUGCCGUUAGUUUUGCCUCUUGUAAGUAAGGGGGAAGGGGAGGCUGCCUAGCGAGACAAACUAACACCAAAGGCGCCUCUCUAAUCUCACCCCACUGUUGGCCGAUUUUGCUGAGUCUGCACCUGCACAGGAGGAGCUGACCGGAGGCGGCGUUUUCGAUUUCUUGGAUCAGAAGUUCUGCACUGUGACCCCUGUCGCUUUCGCGGAUCCGUUCUACUGUGCAAAUCCGGCACAAACGGGUGGCUCGGGAAUACGCACACCGCAUUGGGGCGCAAGCAUCGACUCGGACGCUUGGACAGUCGGAGUAGAUAUUCUAUAUGCGAUGGGGGGAGAUUGGUCUGUCAUGCAAGCAGAGCUAGCGGAAAUUUUGGGGGCGCCCAGCUUAUGCCAACAAAUGGAUACUAUCACUAAUAAUGACGAGUAUGAUUACUCGCUCCUUCGCUCGAGCUCCGCGCGCAUAUCUUUCAAGGCAUUUCUGCCACUCGUUGUCUUUGUUGAUGUACUUACUUAAUACAUCUGGAGAAAUAAUCAUGAUCGCAGUAUAAAUAUGUAUGGCAGUUUCGUGCUGUUCUGUAUUAGUCCUAUCCACAGGUCAGCGUCACGAGCUCCGUACCCUGUCAACCGAGGACACUAGCUAGAGACAUACUUUCGCGAGGUCUUGCAUUGUGUGCGACAUACACUUACACGCGUCGCACAAAGACGAGAGAAUACUAGAACGCGCAGCAAUCAUAGAAGUAUCAGGGAGGGGGGCCUCCCAUAGGUGGAUGGAGCUGGGGCGGCGUCGGCGCGCCCUUUUUUCUGCGGUGGUGACGUGUAAGGAUUCCAGGGAGCGGAGGCCCCAGAGAAAAGGCGGGCCGGCGUUCCCUUGCGGCUCUCCGCGUGUACUCCACACGCGCCCCGACUCUUGGACCCUAUCAGGGGGACGGCCUCCGGGGACAGAAGGCCGCCGGGGACGGACCUCGGAGGCCUUCCACGAAUUCCCAUGAAGUUCCCCCCGCCAUUGAGGAGCCCGCACGCGGGGGGCCGGUACGUAGGGCGCGCGCAACGUGGCAACGGGGUCAAGCCUCGCCAACUUUGCCGCCUUCGGAACCUUUCCACCCACGGCUUGCGGUGCUUGAACGGCUUGGGGGGUUUGGGUACAACAUGCAAGGAGCCGCGAGGGCGCGAGGGUGGGCUUGGAUGCUUUCUUGCCUGGCAGUCCUUCGAGAAAAAUGAAGGGCCUUGGUCUGGAGGUUGCUGUGGUUGCUGGUUAGUUUUUCUCGUCCCUCUUCCAUUUUCUAAGUCUCUUUACUAAGUACAUUUUCCCUGUCGUCUCGUAGGUAGCGGUCGUUCUUGUUGUGGUUCGUCAACUCUUCAUAUUGACGACGGGACGACGACGACACAACGGAAAUUGUCUUUCAACGCGCGCACGCCGUCGAAAGAUGCAAUAAAGUCUGGAAAAGUUUCGUCGACCCCCUGCUCAUGACCCUGUCGCAGCGCUUCCCAGCUGACCGGACAAGCGCCGCCAUGAAGCUUGCCGAGGGGCUGCGUGAUUUUGCACUCAACUGUAAGGCGAAAGAAAACACUGCCGACGUACCUGUUGACAGCGCAAAAUUUGGGGGCAAGGGGCGUGACCUGGCGAGGCUUCUUGUCGUUUUUGACGACGUCAUAGACGAAAUGGCGAGGACCGCGGCACAAAGUCGAGAAAUGUCUGCAGUCGACAGUAAGGCCGAUGUGUUCCCUGAUGCUGCACUAGGUCAAGCCGCCCCACCUUCACCUGAAAGACAAGAAAUGUUCGCCGCGGUGAUGAAUCUACAGCAGACAGGCAUCAAGAAGAUUCUCAGCAAUGUCCUUGGCGGAUGUUGGAAACACGAAAAACUACAGGACUGGGCAGCGUCAAUAAUAGAAGGCGGAGGUGGUGGACCUGGACCGCCGGCCAAGCCCACGCUGAAUGACAAGUGGUCCGAGCUCUUCGUUGCCGCCCUGACGGCGCAGACAAUGUCGUACGAGCGGAUGAAAGGGAUAGCGCAGCAGGCGUGCGGAAGCGAACAACAACAACAAUGCUGGAAGAAAAUAGCGGAGUUAUCUUUACAAGGCGCCAUCGGCAUCGGAAGUCUGACGACGACCGCGACCGAAUCAAAUAUGGACGACUGUCGCAAUGGGCUUCAUCAUGUUCGUGGGUCUGGCGCCUCCUCUUUCAUAGCGCUCGACGUGGGUGAGGGUGGCGCUGGCGAAGGUAUUUCGACUUACUAAUAAAUUAUCUCGUGAUAGCAGAUCGUGUUCUGUGGUUUGGUUUCUUUCAGUUUCACGCGGAGGCACUCCCUCUUGCGGUAGAUUGCAGGAACCAGCUUCAUAAUUUAAGUAGAUUUCUAUAGUAUAAGUAUUCAUUCAUAUAAAUUUGCAUUUGUUCUACUUCCUCUACGACCACAUCUACUUCUUAUGAUGCGAUGUGACGCUGAGUGUGUAGUUCUGCAACCCUGCACUGCCUAGAUCUUAUUCUUGCGCUCACUCAAGAUUUUUGAUAUCGACUUACGCCUACUCUAUCUCUAGACGUAGACUUUUUGGAAACUUCUAAACAAUCGACUUUCAAGUUUGAAGCGAGAAUAGCCCGCGCUGAGAUUCAGACUCUCCUUCUCCAGGUGAUCCGUCAUUCCUGGACUUCGAAGCUGGACAUGACCAAACCGAGGAUCCGGCGACUGCUUUUUUGGCUGUGACAGACCUUUUGCUGGACCACGGCGAUUACAUCCAUCACGGCGACACCGCUGCCCAUGACAGGAAUCAGGGUGCUGCUGAGGGUGUCGCCCAUGAAACGGAUAACGCUAUGACUUGGAUCAUGCUCAUACUUGACUACAUUUCCCUCAGAAGUAUCGUUAGUAUGUAGGCCUAAUUGAAUUUACUCAGCAUUUAUUAAACUCAGAAGAAGGAGAAGAAGUUGAAUUUGAAAUAGAAGACUCUGUCCUGCUCAUCUACUUUAUGAGAAGUCUCAUCAUGUAGUUGUUUGUUGAUGAGUACAAAGACAAAGUCUUUCUCUUUCAUGUCCGCUUUCGGCCAUGCAGUUGCCUCCAAGUCCAGGCCGAGCGAUGAUGACCAGCCUCGCACCAGCACUGACGGGCCGGAGAUGGAUGCCAACGCCUUGAGUUCAGAGGAACUGGCGCUAGGUAGUAGUCAACGAAAAUGUGAAUGACAUAGGCACCAGAACUACGAUUUCUUCGAAUUAUAUGAUGAUCUGUAAUCGAUAGAAGCAGGAUGAAGAAGUCCAAGGGCCUCAUCCUACACAUUAAGCACAUCUGACCCAAACCUAUCAUCUUCUAGGCAAUCGACGACAAAUUCUUCUCUUCCGCCGUUUAAUUCAGGAACCCUCUCUCCGAUCCCUUUUCCUGUGUUCGCGCGUCCUUCGUUCCUAGACUUGGAAGCUGGACAUGACCAAACCGAGGAUCCGGCGACCGCUUCUUUAGCUGUGGCGGACCUUCGGCCGAAUCACGGCAAUGAUAUCGAUCACGACAACGCCGCUGUCCAUGAUAUGAAUCGCAACGCUCUCCACGAUGGCAUGGGCAGUCAUGACGCAGAUCAUGCUACGGAGUGGAAAAAAUUACUCAAGCAACAUAAGUACUCGUCAGAAGUAUCAUAAAAAUCUGAUUUACUCAAUCAAAUUUAGGAGAAGACCACGAUUCUGUCUAGUUUUUUAUGGCGAAGUAUCGUCAUGUUAUUUGUUGUGUACGAGAAAGUUUUUUUUUCCUUUCAUGUACGCUUCCGGCCAUGUUGCGGGCUCCAAGUUGCGACGUAUGGCAUCUGCUACCGAUGAUGACUGGGCCAGCACUACUGACGAGGUGGAUAUGGACAUCAACGCCUUCAGUUCGGAUGAGCUAGCGCUGGUAAGAGGAAUGGGAAACGAAGGAGGUGGUAGGUAG